CCAUGCAGAUGCUCACUUUAAAAAAGUAAGUGUAACUGAGAGAAGGUGAGCAAAGAGGUGACUCGAGUCCCUCGCUCCGUAAUGCACGGGCUUCGCACAAACGCAACAGCACAACAAAAUUACACAACAAGCUCACCCGAGUGGGCCCUAAAACUGCCAACGAGGGCGUGACGUCAUACAGGGAAGGGACCGAGAGUUUUGGGCUGGUAAAAAAAGCACUCCUAGUGGGGAGGUUUGGAUCCACGUCUCCGCCGGGCGAACCGAGCACGGUGUAUGUCCCGUGGGAAGAUACGGACACGUGUAUCUUGAGGGGCAACGCGCAAGUGCCUCCUCCUUUCCCACCACGCGCCGCGCCUGGCAUGGCCGGGGCGGAAAGCGGGGAGGCGGCGCUAACAAACCCACCCGGCGCCCUCUCACCGGCGAGCCUGCCUAAUAAACCCAGCCCGUCAACUCCCGCCCCUCCUCGCGCGAGACCACCCGGCGGCCGCUUACCUGCGAAAGCGCCGGGUUCCAGCCUGUCACGUUGCAGACGCUACCGCAGCCCCAAGCCUACGAAGACGAUGGCGUUAUGGGAGGCGGAGGAUUUGAAAGCCGGCAGUUUUGUUUCCUACCCUGUGAUUCGCUCUUCGCCUUCCCGGUCUUCCGCGCCUGCGCAGGAGGGGGCUUUCACGGCCUGCCUCCCUCCUCCUCCUCCCCUUUGCCCCCUCCUUCCUCCUAAAGGCGCCCAGGCAAUUGUUAGUGCGAGAGCCGAAACGGAGGGGAGAGGUCACAAUUUCGCGUCGCACGACGCGACUCCCCCCCCCUUUGCCGCAAAGCAUCCUGGGAGCUGUAGUUUUUUUACUAGAAGUGUCCUCGAGCUCCCCCUUUAAAAAACAAAACUUUGCGGUGGAGUGAAAGAGGCUGAGUUCCCUACUAUUUUGUUGCUUGGAGCGGCGGGUCAGACGUGUGUAACGGGUUUGGAUACGAUUAUAUGGUUCUGUUUUGUUUUUAGUAGGACUGCUACCUAUUUUCUUGAAGAAUUUCUGUGCCUUUAAGAACUACCUUUAAGAAACUCUUUUAUGAGAAAAAAUUACAACGUUUGAAGUGUUUUAGUUUAGAAAAAGGUGAGGGGGGAAAAAAGAAUUUGUUCCGAAAAUCCUCUGGUCUAGUAGACACCCCUCCCCCAAGUGUCCCUAUUUGCCAGGGACGUUCCCGAUUUAGAGAAGCCAUCCUGAUUUCUGAUUUGAUCCUGGAAUGUCCCACUUUCCCUUAGGAUGUCCCUAUUUUCAUUGGAGAAAUGUUGGAGGGUUUUGAGUUAUCCAACCUCUGAGCCACCUGAAGGCAAUCCUGUAUAAAGGUUUUUAAUGUUUUUUUAUGUUUUAUACAUGUUGGAAGCUGCCCAGAAUGGCUGGGGCAACCCAGUAAGACAUGUAAAAGUAAAAUUAUCAUUAUGGAAUGGGACGUCCCAAUUUUCAUUGGAGAAGUGUUGGAGGGUAUAGUUUAGACUUUUACAAAGCGACACUAUUGCUUCAGUGUGUUGUGAACUAGGCCCAAUCUGAACUAUACAUUUAAAGCAGUAUCAUAUCACUUUAAACAGUCAUGGUGUUGCAGCGUUUUCCCCAGUCAAUAAAGACAGACACGGGUUCUCCGAGGAAGGUCAGAAUUUAUUUGGUCCGCCUGCAGAGAGAAGACAGAGCAGAGGCCAACAUCUGCACUUCCUGAGUCAAUGGCUUACCUAAAAGAAUCCAGGGAAAUGUAGUUUAUGAAGGGUGCUAAGAGUUUGUAGCAGCUACAGUUUCCAAAGUGGUUUAACAAUCAAUCCCUCUUUGGGAGGGAACUCUGAGAACUGUAGCUUGGGGGGGGGCAGUAGGGGUCCGUAACAACUCUCUCAACACCCUUAAAAAACUGCAGCUUCCAGGAUUAUUUGGAGGAAGCCAUAACUGUUUAAAGUGGUGUGAAACUGCUUUAAAUGUAUUGUGCAGAUAGAGCCUUUUUUUUUGCAUAUGUUUACUCAACAAUUUACAGCAUCAAAAUAAGGUUAUAUAGUGGGGCUGUGGAGUCUUGCACCUACAUUUCCCAACAGACUCUAAUGUAACCAGCAUCACUAGUGAGGUGGGUUGGUUUGCUAUGAAAAAGAGGUAGAAACUGACUACAGUGCAGCUUGGUAGCAGAUCUGCGUGGCACCAGUGGGGAGAAGUGGAGCAGAAAAACACUUAAAUGAGCAUAAUCAAAUAGGGUACAAAUCUGUGUCCACUUUCCCUCUUUAUGAUGUUUUAAUAGCCACACUAGACAAACUGCUGUGGCAAAUGCUACAUGUGGCCAAGCCUGCAAUAUUCUGCUAUAUCCAAAAUACAGAUAGGUACCACAUAUGCAGCCCACCAGUGUUAACAGGACUUUCCAUAUUUCAUUCGUCACAGUUUAUUGCCUUAUUAAAAUAAUUUAUUGGUUGCCUUUCAAUCACUCCAGAUACCCUAGAGUGAGACAUAAAUAAAACUAAGCAGAGCAAACUCAACAGCCUACAAAACUGGGGGGAAACCCAUCAUCAGCAAGAAAAAGUAUUGCUUGUUGAUUUUCCUUCUGAUUUGGGGGAUAACAACAUCUCCAGUUAUUAUGUUGACUAGCUUCACGCGUUCUUGUUUUUCAUGAAUUUACCUCUUUUUCCUCUCUCAAUUUCAGUGUUGACUAACUCUGUGGUCAACUCUGUGAAGGACAGGAUAAAAAUUUUUCCCAUUAAAAUUGAUAAAUAUAUGUUUAAUUUGACACCUUCCUCAUCAGUUACUGGACUGGUUAAACAUUUAUUCUCUAACCAUUUUUAAGUAACCAUUAUUUUAUACUCACUCCUAAAAUUGGUUGUCUCUACUCAUUGGGACACUAUCAAAAGUUUGACUUCUAUGUAUAUACUCUGAUUUUUUUAUCUAUCUAUCUAUCUAUCAUCAUCAUCAUCAUCAUCUAUCUAUCACUGCAAGUAAUCACCUUUUACAGGUGACUUAGUUAUUAUAUUACUCUGAUAAUUCUUUAUUCAUACACAUUUAUAGAUGGAUAAAGCAGUUUACAGUACAGUCCUAUACAUGACUACCCAAGUAAGCGGGUCUAGAACUGUAGCCUUAGUCUGGUACUAUCUGUUGAUAAAUUGCCUGGAAUAUUCUUUACUGAAAUGCCAGUUGUUGGUUGGACAAGCACCUACUCCCUUGCAUGAGUAGCGCAAAGGCAUGUAUAGGAGUUGGACAAAGAGAGAGGGAAGACUGUACUAUGCACAGCUAGAAAGUAGGGAAGGAUCAAAAGAAGAAAAGGACAAUGGAUAGAGUGGCCAACAAAGUGUAAAAAAAUGGAAUACUGUAAUGGAAUGAAAUUAAAAGGAUGGAUGGGCUGAAGGAAAGGAAAAUGAUAAGCACCUUGGCCUAGUGAUGUGAUUCCUGGCCCCUCGACUUGCUAUAUAAGCAAGUACACAAGUCCUCCUACCUGCAUGGCUGGUUUAUUACCAAGCCACGAAAGCCCCUCCGGAUCAAAGGGAGCAAUGAUGGAAAUUAGGGAGAGAGAGAAAUGAUUAUUGAUUGUUGUCAUUAUUAAUAUAUUUAUUAAUUAAUAAUGGGAGUAGCGGAAAAGGGAAUGAGAGAAGCUACAGAAGGAGGAAGGAAACAAUAUCAAAGGAGCAGGAAGAGGAGGGGUUAAAGAAUUUGGAAAUUUGGGGCAAUGAUACAAAUUAAGUAUGAAAGGAGAAGGGCAGAAGAAAUGAGAGUUUACUAAAAAUAUUUUCAGACAAGUGAAACCUCAUUUAUCAACAGCACCCCAUACUAUUUUGUGGUAUGUGCACCCCAAAAUUUUUAGCCAUGUUAAGUUGGCCCUGGGGAUAGGAAGUCUGACAACCCCUGAUUUUUUUUUGUAACAUGAUAUCAACACUUGGCUCUUACAAGCAUCUUGGCAGCUGUGAUCUGUAUCAGCAGAAGAUUCUGAACUGUCUGUAAAGAGAGCCUUAUAUGUAGUGUAUUAUAGCAGUCUAGUUUAGAUAUAACUGGGGCUUUCUCCAGAUGACAAAUCAGCAUGCAACAAAGUACAGUAAAAGGCACUUCUAGCUACUAACAGCACCUGUGCUGUAGAACAAAGUCCUUUAAUACCAGUAGAGGCUGCUCCAUUAGCAUGAAUGGGGCCCAACCUCAGCUGUCCAUCAGCUAACCCCACCCACCUGCCAACCUUCUUCUUCUUUUGUUAAAUAAUUUUUACACCUGCCAACCUUCUUAAUCACAACCAGGGCAGGAAGUGGCCAUGGCUGUCAGCUUCCUCCUCCUUAGUCUCAGUCCCAUCCUUUUAGAACUCAGCAGGAAGGAGGACAAAAUUAGAAUUAGUUGGCUUCGCUUCUCAUUGGCUGUUGCACCACCUACUGUUGGCUCCCUGCCUUUUGCUCUACCAUUCCCAAGUGGGCACCAGCCACCACUGCUUAACACAAUUCUGGUUCCGCCCUCUAGAAAGGAUCAGAACUGCAAUGAGACUGAGCCUCAAAGGCCCAGUCCCUAUGGUUGAUGGUCCUGAAAGCUGCUGAAAGGUCUUGCAAAACCUGCUCUCUCCAUCUCCAUCCCCUACCAUGGCAUGAAAGGUGGAAUUAAUUGUUAUAUCCUCUAAAUUUGACUCAAACUAAUCCCACAGCCUUGGACAUUGGGAAUAGCAUAUUAGCAUAUUGCUUGUUGUUGUUUAGUCGUUUAGUCGUGUUCAACUCUUCGUGACCCCAUGGACCAGAGCACGCCAAGCACUCCUGUCUUCCACUGCCUCCCGCAUAUUGCUUAUCUAUAACUAAUAGCCAAUGGGGCUAUUUUGCUGUAUUUUGUCAUAAUAAAAAAUUGCAUUGUUUUUGCCUCUCAGUUACCUAGUACCCUGUUUAAUCAAGUGAAACUGAACACUUACAACAGAUUAACAGAAUAAUAAUUAGGGAGAUAAAUAAGGGGGAAAUCCACAGGUAGAUUAAGCAUUUAACUGUGUAUUUGCAAAUAUAAUAAUAAUAAUAAAAAAUAUUUUGUUGGUUUAUUUCCUUCGCUCAUUUAUUGUUACAGUGGUACCUCGGGUUACAUACACUUCAGGUUACAGUUGCUUCAGGUUACAGACUCCGCUAACCAAGAAAUAGUUAAGAACUUUGCUUCAGGAUGAGAACAGAAAUUGUGCUCUGGUGGCGUGGCGGCAGCUGGAGGCCCCAUUAACUAAAGUGGUGCUUCAGGUUAAGAACAGUUUCAGGUUAAGAACAGACCUCCGGAAUGAAUUAAGUACUUAACCCGAGUACCACUGUAUACAUCCUUGCUCAGAUGUUUAUCAUCAUAGAUUGCAAUGCAGUUAUAACCAUAUCUACUCAGAAGGAAGCCAUAGGGAAUUCAAUGGGGUUUAUUCUCAGGUAAAUGAGAUUAGGAUUGCAGCCUAAAUCUCUGAUAGGAAGGCUGGUGUUAUGUGUGUGGUGUCGAUGAAGCAGUGGACUGUAGGACCUGGAGGGAUCCCAAGGAAGCAUUUUGCCUUGCUGGUGAGACUGAGCUGGAGAGACCUGGAAAUGAAAGUAAAAAAGACCAAGAGGCACAUGGAGGGAGCUGUAUCGGCAGCAGCUCUAGAAACAGAAUGUUGCCUUCUGUAAUUAAAUAGCAAUUACUAGUAUUAUUACUAACCGUAAUAAUGCUCUAAUAAUAUCUCUAGUAAUAUCAUAGCAUUUAUCAAGGCGGGGUGUAGGGGGAAUCCCCAAGCAGAGGAGGUGAGUUGGUUAUUUUGUUGUUUUUCUGUGAAGGAAGGAAGCUAGGAAGGAGGAGGGUGGCUGGGUUGGGGGUAUGAAGGAGCGAAGAUGGGCUAAAAUAACCCUGAAGCAAAACUGCUCAGCUUUGCAGAUGAGUAACGGAAAUAUUUCUCACUGCAUAUGUUGCUUAAUCCCAACCAGAAUUAAAUAGGACGCGAAAGUCACACUACUACCGUCUCUCCGGGUCGAAUUCUUAAAAAGAUAAAUGUCUUCUUCCUCCCUGUGCUCCUUCUUUUGAGGUUGGGAAGUUUUUUUGGGAGGAACUAGCGGGAGCUCGGAACUGAAUGGCGAUCCCAGAAACCUUUUGACUUCUCUCACGGUUUCAUUUCGGGUCUGCGGUUCUAGAAUUUUUAUUUCAUUUUACUGUAUUUUAUUGCUUUCUUGCUCAAAAGCACUGACACGGUUUCUUUGCAGAAACGCUGAUCUUGGACGAGGGGGAGUUGAGUAAAAAAAAAAGGUUUGGCUGUUGCCUCAUCUGGCAUUUUAUAAUCCAUGACUUGUAAAAGUUACGUUGCUUAGCAGAACGGAAAUGUUUCUUUUAAAAUCAUUUUUGGGCGGUUUUUUUUUUAGUCUGGAACCAGCCGUGACAGUUUGUUGUGAGCUUAGCAGCACCAAGUUGUGUGUUGUGGCUUCCGAAGGCAGAAGGCAGGCGGCUCCUUCCUUGUCUGUUUCCGCGUUCGAGGCACAUCUAAGGCCGGUUACUUUUGCUAACCGAGGCCGGGGAUUUGGAGGCCUUGGAUUGGUGGGAAUGGGGUCAAUUCUAGAGGAAUUAAACCAGAAAAAUGUGCAUGUGUGUUUUAGGGCUGUUAAUGGGGGUUGGGGGGGGCAAUGAAAAGGAGGACCGUAUUUGAAGGAGCAGAGCAAUAGAAGCAAACCAACAAGACGGAAGAUGCCGCCAAUGCGCAUAAACAGGGUACAAUCCACAUCGAAAAGGCUUACUAAUGUCUGUUAUACGCCUGUUGCAUUAUAGUAUGAUAGCUAACCAAAAUAUGUUGAAAACUGGGAGAAUGAACACUAGGGGAAUGGGAAACGUGUUGAAACCGUUGCUGAAAAAGCGAUUCUGUUCCCUCCCUCCCUCCUUUUCCCUGCAUAUUGCAGAGGUCUUUACGGUGCAUGUAAAUAUUUGGGGAGACAAGCGCUAGGGAGAUGUGUGCUGUAAAAGUAAUCUUACAUUUGGGUUUGCAGCUCAAUGCUACCCUGUUAAUGUGCGAUAUUGAGAGCUGCAACUAAGCCGCACAGCUUUCUUUAUGCAAAGCAAAACAAAACAUCACAAUUUGCAUGAAUGCAACGAACCUGUUGUGAUUCUGCCAAGCCAUUUGUACAUUUUCUCGGUAGAGUCUCCUUAUCGCAUAAUCGGUGAAACGUUCCAAACAUAUGGGAUUAUAAAAGCUUUGUAUUACAAACUCCCAAGGUUCAGGGUUGGAGAGGAGUCUAGAAAACAUGAGAUUUGAAACCAUGAUAAUAAAUGUGUCCCUUUUCAUUUGUUUCAUUUCUCAUUUUAAGCUUUUAGUGAAUGUUAUAGCAGUUUUAAGCUUUUACUCUGCAGUAUACCAUCUCUGAGCAAUUUGUAGAUCCAGUUUAAAAUACAAAAACAAUCCAAAGUUUAAACAGUGAAAACAAUGAAAACCAACAAUAAUACAGAACUGGAAAUAAAAGAAAUCUAAAGAACAGUAUACACAGCAGCAAAAACAAAAAAAAAAUUAAAACCAGCUAGAAGAAUAAUUAGGUGGAUCUUAAAACCCCAUAAAACGACUAUCCAUUGUACACAGGAACAUAGGAAGCUGCCUUAUACAGUGGUGCCUCACAAGACGAAAUUAAUUCGUUCUGCGAGUUUUUUCGUCUUGCGAAUUUUUCGUCUUGCGAAGCACGGUAUUAACGGUUUUAAGAAAAAGGAAACAAACUCGCAAUACGUUUUCGUCUUGCGAAGCAAGCCCAUAGGGAAAUUCGUCUUGCGAAGCAACUCAAAAAACAAAAAACUCUUUUGUCUUGUGAGUUUUUCGUCUUGCGAGGCAUUCGUCUUGCAAGGUACCACUGUACUGAGUUAGACCAUUGGCAAAAUCAUUCUGCACCAUCUAGUUUAAACUGUAGGCAUGUCAUGAGCAGCUAUUGGCUAGUGCCUGUAACAUCAUAUUAAAAGUGAAACAUUUGUUUCCUGCUCCCUAUUAUGUUACUCCAUUCGAGAACUUUAAAAAACCCUAAGAAGCAAAAUACUACCAGGUGCGCUACUCCAGCAGAAGUACUCAAGGUGAUUUUAAAUAUUUGUGCAAAAAAUAAAAACCAACCUCAGACUUCUUCCCACCCCUCAUAGCAGUGUUGUUGUGUUUCUUUUUCCCCCUUUCUAAAAAUUAAGGCAGUCUAAAGGGAUUGACAGACAAAUAAUAAUAUAACCAACCAAUAUUAAUACCAUGGUUACAAAAUAUAUUUUAUAGUUAAACAAUCUCAUGAUGUUUUAAAGUCUGCUUAAAUUUAACAAUAAAUUGUUACUCCUUUGAGAAGGACCUUUACAAAAAUGCAUUUCCAGACAAGGACAUCAGCAUAUUUAGAUGACAGUUCUGUGGUGCAUAUGUGGGCAAAGUUAUAUGUAAGAUGCAUUAACUUUUGUAUCACCUGCCAUAUAAGAAUCCCAAAUACUGUUUUUUUAUUUGGAAAUUUAUGUAGAGUUAUGACUUCCGAUAGGAUUAUGUAUUUGCUGGCUGAUUUUAUUAAUAAAUAAUAGUAAACUUAUGAAUAAUCUCUUACAUUAUCACAAAAACAGCUUUAAAAAGUUUUGAAAACAGUAAUAACCUUUCACAAACACAAACAGUACAAAAUGAACAGAGACCUUUUCACCCAGCUGGAAAAGCUUAUUGAAAUAACAAAAUCUUCAAUUGUUUCUGGAGAGUACAGAUAGUAGAUUCCUGUUCUAUCUAAACUUGAAUGCUGUUCUACAAAACAGGGGUAACCACAUUGAAAGCCCUGCUCCAAGUCACUUUGGAACACGUUUCUGCUAUUUUGGGCACUUGAAGGAGAAACACUCUUGCAGAACACAGAGACCCACUGUGUGUAUAAGGGAUAAAGCGGUCACUUAAGCAGCCUAGUCCUAAGUUGUAUGUGCUAGUACCGAAACCUUGAAUUUGGCCCAGUAGUAGAUUGGCAGCCCAUGCAAAUGCUGCAAACAAAGUGCUAUAUGCUGCUGGUGGUUUAUCCCCACAAGCAACCUAGAACUGCAUUGUACAUUACCUGCAGUCUCAGGGCCAGCUUCAAGGGUAGCCCCAACAUAGAGUGCAUUGCACUAAUCGAACCUUGAAGUACCAAUGCAUGGACAGUAGUGGUUAGGCUCUCAUCAUAGACACCUGCAUCUCUAGGGACAGAGCUAUAUCUAGAAGCAGUCUACACUUUGCAGCUGCUCUUUUGGGGAGUGUUUGGCCCCAUCCUGGAUCGGGACACAUUCUCACUGAACCUAGAAACCCAACCCCCACCCCCUACACACACUGUCUUGCCUGGAUUCAGACUCUGUUUAUUAGCCCUCAUCCAGCCCACCACUGCUUCCAGACACUGGUCCAUGGCCUGCUCAGCCAUUUCCAAUUCAGAUAUUACAGAUAAAAAGUUUUGGGUAUCAUCAGAGUACUGAUGACUCUUCAUCUUCUAAUGGCUGCUCCCAGUGGCUUCAUAUAUAUGUUAAAUAGCAUUGGAGACACUAUAAUGCCCUGUAGCAGCCCAUAACUCAAGAGCCAGGGGGGCUGAGAAUCACAUAUUCAGUGUGGAAGUAUCCCUGGAGAUAAGCCCAGAGUCACUGCAGAACAGUGCACCAAUAUCCAUCUCCCAUAGAUGGUCCAAGAGGAUUUCAUGGCCGAUGAUACUGAAACCUGUAAUCAGGAGUUUAAGCAGGAGCAGCAGGGUCGCAUUCCUCCUGUCCCUCCCGAUAGAGGUAAUCUAUCAGAGUGACCAUGGCCGAUUGAUCCGAACUCAGUUUAGAAUGCAUCUAAACAGUUUCCUCCUAGAAUGCCUGUGUGCGCUGUCGCAAUUCUCAUGAGUACCUUGCGACUGGGAUGUAUUUGUAGGCACCACUUCCUUAUGCAAAGGAGUGUUCACUGGACCCACCCAGUCACGCCCACUCUGCAGCUAGCUUUAAUCAGUUUUGAAAAGCAAUGAUCGAGACAGCACUGGAGGCAUAGUCACAAAUAACUUGUCCAAGUCCUCAGGCUGCCAGAACUGAUCCCACAAAGUAAGACUUGACGGAGCAUUGCAAACUUCACUCAGAGCUUAGUCUUAAUUUGUGUUGUACGUUAUGGGAUAUGCUGAAUCUCACUUGGACUUUUCCCCCUGUGUUGAACUUUCUCCUUUUUGCAAUGACAUUUUGGUUUCAGCAGAUAAAAAUACCCGGUUUCCAGCAAUAUAGAAUACUAAUUCUGCUGCAGAUUCAGUGCAUCUUGUGUUGCACCUGACCAACUGAAAAAUACUUUUAAGUUUGUCUAGCACAGCUAAAGAUAGCUGAGAACAAAUUUUCCUGUUUUGUAUUUUUAAUAUGAAAUGUCAGAACAGCGCACUGAAUCAUGACAUAAUUUUUGUGCUCUGAAUUUUUCUCCUGAACUGAGUUGGUUGCUUGGUUUCAUCUUCAUCUUUCAUGUUCCUAGUUGUACCACCAUAAAUAAUUCACAGCCUUCAUUUUGGUUUGCAUCUUCAAAAUUGGAAAAACCUAGUGUAGCUAGGUGGGUCUUAGAAUCUGUGUUGCCAUGAAUUGCGUAGAGUAACAUCUCUGUGCAUAAGAUGGUAGUUUCUAUGGUAUCCUGGAAAUCAAAGCCUGCCUUUCAAGUUUGCUUUCUAAAAAGUGGGCACUUGGGGAUGUAUGAAAAUGGAAUGUUGAAAAGGUAAUGCAUACAUCUAUCUGGAAGAAAAUGUGUCAACAGAAAGCAGGAUUUUGUUCCUCUGUACAGACCCCAGUCCAUUGAUGUUCAUUGAGGCUGGAAUGGUAGCAGGUCAGCUGAGGCCAUUUUGGGGCAGUGUGGAUCAAGCAGACUUUAUCGUGCUUUAAAAAAGGGGGGUGGCUACUGUAAUAUGCAUUUACAUGUAGUUAUGUUUAAUAACAGUAUUUGCACUCUUCUAUUGGUCCCUAGGCCCAUUUGAGGGUGGGAACUGUUCUCUAUAUAAUUCUAAAUGGGUUUAACCCACCACAUUUGAAGCAGCAGCUGUGAGAGACCAUUCCUCAGUGUUGGAAUGCAUGCUUUAGCAGCGGAGAUGAGCAACUUGUGGACCUCCAAAUGUUGUUGGACUUCUAACUCUCAUCAACCACACUCAGUGCUUAGGAAACAUUGGAGGAUUCAUACAACAUCUGGACAACCACAGGUUUCCCAUCCUUUCUUUACUUGUACAGUCCCAGGUACCUCUAGUUAAAACUAUCCUAUGUUAUUGUUAAAGUUGUAUUGUGGGGUACGCUCAAACUCUAAAGGUUUAAUAUAUGCUUUUCCCUACUGCAGUGACUGUAAUGGAGAGACAAAAACGUAAAGAAGAGAUAGAGAAGGGACUACAGUUCAUCCAGUAAGUGAACAAGUUUGGAGACUGUGUUGUUUCUAUUCUCUUUAAUCUGUGAAAUCGAGCAAUCCUUACUUUAAUAUAUUUAUUUUUUAAUACAUAUAAUUUAUUUUCCCUUCAAAUGAAGACCAAAACAGUUCACACAAUAAAGCAGUUCAUAAAUAGCAGCAGAAAUACGCUGACAUAAAAAUACCUAGCUUAAGAAAAACUUGUAAAGAAUCAAACCACAAUUCUUGUACAGCUUCCAAAAUUGUGGCAGCACUAUAACAUAAGUAACACUUGUUGCAUGGAAAUGUAUACUUGGCCUUGAGUUGAGUGUACUUUGUUUUUUUACCUUUGUAAGGGAGAACUGUGAAAUACAGUGGUACCUUGGAACUCAAAUGUAAUCCGUUCCGGAAGACCAUUCGACUUCUGAAACGUUUGAGUUCCAAGUUGUGGCUUCCAAUUAGCCGACAGCUAGGUUUUUGCACAGUGGAAGUUGUGUCGGACGUUCGUGUUCCUCGGAACGUUUGAAAACCAGAGCGCUUCUGGGUUUUUGGCGUUCAGGAGCCGAAACGUUCGAGAAUGGAGCAGUUUGAGUUCCGAGGUACCACUGUACUAGAAGUUUGCAGUCUUAACUUUAUAGAGUAAGGCUGCAGAUUGGAAGGCUCCUAUUUUAAUAAGACUAUUCUAGAGUAAAUUGAAUAGAUUGUCAUGGCAACUGUCUAUGGUUAUAGGGUUAAGACUUGCACUCCAGUCGAUAGUCGCUUUUGGUUCAUACAACUGUACAAUACAGUGGUGCCCCGCAAGAAGAAUGCCUCGCAAGACGAAAAACUCACUAGACGAAAGAGUUUUCCGUUUUUUGAGUCGUUCCGCAAGAUGAAUUUCCCUAUGGGCUUGCUUCGCAAUACGAAACAUCUUGCGAGUUCUUGCGAGUUUGUUUCCUUUUUCUUAAAGCCGCUAAGCCGUUAAUAGCCGCUAAGCCGCUAAUAGCCGUGCUUCGCAAGACGAAAAAACCGCAAGACGAAGAGACUCGCGUAACGGAUUAAUUUCGUCUUGCGAGGCACCACUGUAGUACAAUUAUAAGGGAUAGAGGAGCCAAAUUCCCUUCAAAUCUGUGGCGCACACCCAACUUUUUCACAUGCGUAGCAGCCCAUGGAAACUGUUAACUAGCUACACUUGGGAACCUAGGCAAAACCUUUUCCAUUUGUAUAUUGAAGAAUGUUGAUUCAUUCUAUUGAAGGAAAAUACUUGACAGACAUAAUUUAUUGAACUGGACACAAUGCCUGUGAUGUGGAAAACAAGUAGUGGUAUCAUUUCCUAGUCAGAGAAACCAAAGUGUGUGUUUGGGUUGUUAUCUGGCUGUGGAGAAAGUAUUGCCUCCAUGAGGCCACCUAGCAAUGCAGGGGACAUUUUAUCAACACAGGAAACAUUGGACUUUUGGAUGGCAAUAGGCCAAUUGCCACCCAAGCGAGUUGAAACAAUUUAUUUGUUUCCCUCUAUUUAAGUUUCCAUCUAUGAUAGUUCAGGAAUGAUGUUGUGCUGGCUAAUACUAUAGUUGGUGGUACAUUACCCAGAGGGCUUUGUUUUCCUGUGUUACCGUAUUUUUCGCACCAUAGGGUGCACCGGACCAUAGGGCGCACCCAGUUUUUAGGGGGGGAAAUCAAGAAAAAAAAUAUUCCCCCCCCCAGCCCCAAAGAGCAGCGUACAGGCUGCGCACAACCUCUCCCUGCCGGAGGGGUUGAGCGGGGCUAUGGCACAAGCAGGAUCCCGCUCGCUGUUUUGGCUUCCCCUUUAGCCCCGUGCAGCCUCUCCUUGCCAGGAGACGCUGCCCAGGGCUAAAGAAUCCAUAGCCCCGUGCAGCCUCUCCUUGCCGGAGGGGUUGCGCGCAGCUAUGGAGGAAGCCAAGGCAGCGAGCGGGAUGUUUUGGCUUCCCCUUUAGCCCCGUGCAGCCUCUCCUUGCCGGGAGACGCUGUGCAGGGCUUUCCUGGCUUUACUGGGAGGUGGGGGGAUUCCCUCACCUCUCCCAAAAGCCCGCAGAAGCCACGCAACCCCUUUAAAGAGAUCGCGGCUUCUCCUGGCUUUCCUGGGAAGUGGGGAAAUUCCCCACCUCCCGCAAAACCGGCAGAAGCCGCGCGCACUUUAAAAGGGCUGCACGGCUUCUCCUGGCUUUCCUGGGAGGUGGGGGAAUUCCCUCACCUCUCGCAAAAGCCCGCAGAAGCCGUGCAACCCCUUUAAAGAGAUCGCGGCUUCUCCUGGCUUUUCUGGGAGGUGGGAGAAGGGACUAAUGCGGCCAGUCAGUCCCUUCUCCCUCCUGGAGAAAAGCCCGCAAGAGUGCACGGAGCUUGUGUGCGGCUCUUGGGGGCUUUUCCCGCCUGCCUCCCCCCUACAUUCGCUCCAUAGGAUGCACACACAUUUUCCCUUGCUUUUUAGGAGGGAAAAAGUGCGUCCUAUGGUGCGAAAAAUACGGUAGUCACUUUCACUGCCUUGAAAGUCAAAAGAAAUUUAAACCGAUACCAAAGCACAGCCAAUUUUUUGAUUAUCUUGUCUUAGUAGUUUUCUGUUUGCUGUUACUUUAAGCCUACUUUCUUGCCCAAAGAAUCAGUGUGUGUGUGUGUGUGUGUGUGUGUGUGUGUGUGUGUAAGCAUAAGCAAAGUAUUCUUCAGUAACAAGUAAAAUUGUGUGCAACGGCUGAAGCCAAAGGGAUAAUGCAGCUUCCUGUACACAUAGUUUAAAGUACAGGCCAUGAAAAACUUAAGUGCAUUCUGCAAACUCAUAUCUGAAAAGUGAGCAUACCAAUGCCCACAGGUAAAAAAUAAGAGGUUCCCUAUUUCUACUUAUAUUAUUCAUUUAUGCUGCUUCACAUAUUAGAGUGAUGUAUAUAUAUAUAUAUUUCUGUACUUCUGAAGCCCUUUGUCUUUGUUUAGGUCCACAUUACCCCUAAGCCAAGAAGAUUAUGAGGUAAUUUUAAGAGUUUCUUUUUUAAAAAAAGAAGUACCAAAUGUUAUCUUGACAAAUUAGUCCUUGUGACUGGGGUGGUGACGGCAGGGAGGAAAAGGGAAGUAGUUGCUUCUUGCUGCUGGAUGGGCAGAGUUGCUCAGAGAACAGGGAUAGGGAAGCUUUUUCAGCCCAAGGUCCAUAUUUCCUUCUGGGCAAGUUUUUGAGGGCCACAUGCUAUUAAUGGAUGUGGCUAGGAUUCAGGAGAUGCCAUUCUAAAUCGCAUUGAGAUUAUCAGCUCGGUCUGUGUGGGUGAUUUUUAUACUAAUUUUAUAUCCUCCUGCUACUGAGAUCUCCAAUUGGUUCAGUUCUCAAAAUAUGAGUAUGUAAAAAACUAUCAACAUUGUGGGCAUUUACUUUCCAAUAAUAAUUUUGUUGGUUGACUAAGUUACUUAAAUACGUUGACUUCAGUGUGUCUGAGUACAGCUUAGCUCUGAUACUGCCAAAUUUGCUUUAAUUGAACAAGCAUGCUAUGCAUACUUGCCCGAGAUAUAUAUUAUUUUAAAAUGGGAAACUUGAAUUUACUCAAGCCCACUUACUUACUGAGUUGUUGCCUGGCUCUUAAGACUCCUCAUUUGAGUUCUGCAGCCUCUGGCAGGACAUCUGCCCUAAAACCUUUGACAGAUGUCCCCUCUCCAACCAUAGCUAUGAGUCUAGGUAUCUCCUUUGCUCUAAAAAUGUACUGUGACUGGUCUAGGUCCUUUUUUUCUUGUCAAGUCCUGUCCACACUGUGUUGUGACAUUGGCACACUGCAUAGCAGGUGCAUAGCAGACAGUAAUAUUGUGAAGCACAAUAUCAUUGAGAUUAGAUGAAGAAAAAGCAGGUGAGAGCUGUGUUCACACAUCAUGCUAAGCCAUAAACCAUGGCUUAAUGUGCAUGAGUGAAUCUUGUCCAUUGUAUUCUUCCCCACUCCUCCAGCUGACACUGUAAGGAAACAAAUGGCUUGGAUAGACACAUUCACCGUACAAUGCCAUGAUGAAGCUUUCCAAUCAAGGAACACUGUUUCCCUCAGCAGACAAGCUUUUUCUCAUAAACCUGUCCACAGGGAAUUGUGACUUUCUAGGAUUAUUCGAAUUAUGUGCCUCCUUUAUAUUCUGAGAGAACGUAUAUAGUGAUUUUGAUGCCUUUUUGGCACAGUAGCAAGGACACCACGGGAUGGCAUAGUGUUUUUUCUUCGUUUCUUAUUCCUGCAGGCUUUUUUGCAAAAGCUGGUGAGAAACUUAUUUGCAGAGGGCAAUGAUUUGUUCAGAGAGAAGGAUUUCAAGCUAGCGUUGGUUCAAUAUGUCGAAGGGCUGAAUGUGGCCGAAUAUGCAGCUUCAGAUGAGGUGGCCAUUCCGGUGGAUCUCUUAUGCAAGCUGCAUGUCAAUCGGGCUGCCUGCUACUUUGCCAUGGUGAGUAGUUUUGGGCUAGUUUGUGCAUGUAUGUGCUUUAUUUGAUCUCUCCAUCACUGGAUGACUUGCGUAUAAGCAGGUUUAAACUGCAUUAAAGUAAUUUUGGUUGAAAUAAAAAAACAUUUUUUUCAAUAUACAGUAUGUCAUGGCUCACUUGCCUUUAUUUGAUGUUGCAGUCAUCAGGUGAUGAUCAUACUUGUGCAAUUCAUUCCACAUUCCAUUGCCUUUAGGGGGUGCGGGUAGGGAUCUGACUAUAGGCACUAUACACCAAGGGGAAGAAUUAUCCAUUAUUGUGGGUAUUAACCUGACACACUGUUCUUUUGCUCCCCCUUUCUUUUCUGCACAAGCAGAACUUAAGAGCAAUGAGUUAGGUCGGACAGAUCUUGCAUGGAAGGAGACGUGUAGGAUCUGUUUAUGUCAAGCUUCUUAUGGUUAUGAUAGUCUCGUUUUCCAAAAGGGCCUGCAUGAGAAAGCUCUGGAAGACAGUGAGAAGGCUCUGGGAUUCAACAAGGAGAACAUCCGUGCGCUAUUCCGGAAAGCCCGCUGCUUGAAUGAGCUAGGGAGGCACAAGGAAGCAUAUGAAUGUAACAGCCGCUGCUUGCUCUCCCUCCCGCAUGUAAGUAGUGGCUUGCACAUUUACAGUCAUUGACUUUUUAACGGAAAGUGCAUAAAUGUGUUAAAAUAAAUUACAAUCAAACUUGAGAUUUCCAUUCCCCUCCUCUAUCAUUGGCUCUCUCAUCUUUUCUUUUGAUCCAAAGAGCAAUAAAAAGGAAUCUACAAAUCUUCCAAGCAUUGAGCAAACUAAUAAAUAGAGCAUGCAGUUUCCAGCACAAAUAUGAAAGCCUAUUAUUGUCUUUAGCACUUAGAUUUGCAAAUAUAUUUUUAUAUAUGACAGCUUCUGGGGGAAAGCCCCUGCUCUCUCUUACUGCAAGUGCUGCUUCUCCCCCCACCCCACCCAAGUUUCCCUGCCAUUAUGUCCCCUCUUGCAGAGACACUGUCCCUUGUUCUGCUCAUAUUUCACCUCUAGAUAUUUUGGUCUGGAUUGGAGAGACGGCACAAGAGAGAGCUUGGGAGCAGGGAGCAAUAGGCGUUUAGAGGAUUCAUGCAAUUUCACUUAUGAAAUUUACACAAUUACACUUAUAUGACGGGCCUGGAACGUAACCCCGCAUAAGUGGGGGGGGGACCCCUGUAUUUGGAAAGAAUUGAGUGAAAUACUUUGUACACCUACAAAAGUGCUCAUUGUCUUCUCCUUGAAGGAUGAAAGUGUGGCACAACUCGGCCAGGAGCUUGCACAGAAACUGGGAUUAAGGAUCCGGAAAGCCUAUAAGAGGCCUCAGGUAUAGUAUUCAUGCCCCACGUUUAUUUCAGUUGGCAUAUAUAGGGUUAUAUGAUUGCAUCCGCCCAACAAUCCUUUGGGAUACGUUAGACUGAGAGUGACUUGCCUAAAGCUAGCUAAUGAGCAUCAAGAUGGUUGUGCAGGGAUGUGAACUUGGGGUUCCAGCAUCCAAAUCCAGCACUCUAUCCCAAGGUUGCACAGCAUGUGAUUCAGCUCACCAACAAUGUGUGGUAACCUCUGAAGUGCUUGGUACCCUCCCAUGUUUAUUCAGUCCUCAAAUAGAAAACAGAAAUAGGAAGUGUUGAGUUCUGGUGAACUGCCAUUCAUGGCCAGUGCUCAGAAUUGGGCUUGGUACAGUUGAGCAGGUCUAGUUUGGGGAUCCUGUGUGGCCCUCCUGAUGUUUACUGGACUCCAUCUUUCCUUACUCCCAGACUUUGUGGCCAAAGGUCAGGGAUUAUGGGAGUUGUUGUCCACCAGCAUAUGAAGGGCCUCCAUGUCUUUUUUGGGGGGGGGGGGAGUACUAAUUGGUGUGUACAGUUGCGUGUAAAUGUGUGUAUAAAAGGCUUAUGGCAAACCAGAAGGUUGGAAUGGUGAGUACAGUGGUACCUCGAUUUUCAAACGUAAUCAGUUCCGGAAGACCGUUCAGCUUCCGAAACGUUCAAAAACCGAAGCAUUUACUUCCGGAAAACUCUAUACAGAAGCCGUGUGGCAUGUUUGACUUCCGAAAAGCGUUCAGAAACUGAAGCAGUUACUUCUGGGUUUUUGGCGUUCAAAAACUAAAACGUUCUACUUCCAAGACGUUCGAAAAACCAAGGUACCACUGUAUUCUAUUUUAAGAGCACCUGCCACUAUUAUAAAUGGUAUUUAAUUAGAAAUGGCAUUUAAUUCAGCUAGCCAGCUCAGAACAGAAUCAUACUGUCUGGCUACCUAUGAAGACCUUAGAGAGCAUGACUACCUACCUCCUCUCCUGUCAAAACUUAGCACUAUUAGUUUCACCCAGGAUAAAUCCAAAAUAAGACUAUCCACUUGCAAAUGAUGCAAUAUUCCAAACACAGUACUGUAGUCAGUUCUUGUUGGGAAUAGCAUGUAACCUGCAAGUAGAUUGUCCCAUUUGACUAUUAUAUAAGCAUGCCUUGUACUGAAUGUAGAAAACUGGGAAGUGAGGUUUAGCUGCAAUUUCUAGUCUGUGUACAGGGUGCAUGUACAGUGCAAUAUAUAUAUAUAUAUAUCUCCAGUCAGUGCUAUCUUGUAUGUUUACUUGCUCCUUAAUAUGGAAGUGACUUUGCGUCAGAAUCUUGUAGAUUACCACUGUUCUCUCUUCCUUGCAGCAGGAAUUGGAAACGUUUUCUCUACUUAGUAAUGGCCUGUCUUCUGCCUUACCAAAUCAGGUAGCCUUUAUUGAUAAAACAGUGCAAGUGAGACUUGAAACAACAUUUUGCAGUGUCAAGUGCUGCUGUUCAGCAUGCCAGCUAGCCAGGACCUCUUAGUGAAACUUCAUUUCAUUCCUUUCCCCAUUUCCCGCUUAAAGAGUUUUAUUGUUCUUCAAACCCUGGGAUUUCACCAAGUAUGCUGAUAUCUCCCUCAUGUUUCUCAGUGAUCCUGCUUGGCUAGAGUACUAUUGGCACUCACUGCCUAAGUCCACUGUUGCAAGAAAUGAUGCCUCCUAGAAAUGUUUAAUUUUAAGUGCAAUUGAUUGCAUUCCAGAAUUUUAGCAGAAUCUGAAAAACUGUAGAGAGUGCUGACUGGCUAGCUAAUGGCCCUUGGGACAGUCAUGAAGUCAGUCAGUUGUGUAGAGCACUGAUUGUCGGUCCAACUAGUCACAUAACUCACAUGGCCUGAGCAGUAUUUCAAGGUUGUUUUUUUUAAAAAAAAUAAACCCAACAGGAAAGGGAUCCAAAGAAAAUUUAACCAGAUGAACAUAUGCCCAAGUUUUUUGUGUUUUUUAAUAGUUGAAAGCUUGCCUGAAGUCUGGCGGGAAGGGUGAAAGAGAGGAAAUUAGUGCUAGUUUCAAAGACCAGUAUGUGUGUCAGUAAAGUGAAUAAACACUUUGCAAGAGGAAAAAACUGCAAACUCCUGUAGGUAGGUACAUCACUGUGUGCCCUGAAAUAACUCUUUGUGAAAGUUGGAGAAAAGAUUUGAAUGCUGAGAGUAGCAACGCCCCCCACCCUGCCAGAGGGAUGACAAUAGUAUAUUCUUUCUCUUUGCAGACUGUUUCUAAUGGAUUGGGCUCUGUAGAUGACAUUGAAACAGGUGAUUAGUUUUAUGUUCCUUCGACUCAUAGCAAUUUUUGUCUCUUUGGUUUGCCACUAAGGACUAUAACUUGAGUGACAGAAAAUGUUCUGGUAGAGGGGAGGGCGGAAGUAAGUUUUACUCUUGCAACUUCCCUCCCUGAGCCAGCUUUGAGAACCUCGCACUGGGCUUGCAGCUGUUCCCCUGAACUGUGUGGAUCGGCAGAAAAACCAAUGUAUGCUGAAGCUCCCAGCACAUGUAAAUGAAAUCCACUGCAGGAGAUACCCUUUUCCCAUGAUACACAGGGCGCCAGCAUGCUAUAAAAUCUGAAGAAACUGUUAGAAACAUGACUUUAGAUUGUACUCUGCCAGAUACUGAAAGACAUAUUUUGAAGAUGGGAGACACAGUAUAGUACAGGCUUUGAGUGCAGAAGGUCUCUGGUUCAAUUCCUGGUAUUUCUGUCUGUCUGUCUGUUUAUGUAAGGAUCACAUAGUGGGUGAUGAGAGGGGGGCGGGGAGAGACCUCUGCCUGAGACCCUGGACAGCCACUGCCCCAGAGUGUACAAUAUUGGGCUAGUUGGACAAACGUCCUGGGCUGGCAUACGGUAGCUUCCUAUAGUUCAGAGAGCAAGAGUCUCUGAGCUUCAAUUUCUGCUACUGGAUUGGGAUCUGUGUGUGCGCUGCCAUCUGGAUGUGAUCAAGUAAUUUGCCUUGCAGACAGCUCUUUCGGUCUCCAGUGCGUCACCCCUCCCAAUGUCUCUGUGAGUGAGGACUCUGCCUUUCCAUCAACUGACUUGGAUACGAAAGGCACACCAACUUCACUGCCUGCUGCCACCCUGCUCCCUUCUACUGAUGCUGCAUCCAUGCCAGGGUCUGAGGGUGCUGAUGACUUCACUGAAGGAGGAGUUCUUGGGCAUGAACUGGACUCCAUUCUGGAUUCUAUUGCAGAUGGGUCACAAUACCCUCUGGUAAGAGUGGAUUUCCUAGGUCUACCUAUCCAUCUACGUCUCUGCUUUCAGUCACUCCUUUCUGACUUUCCCUCACUCUUCUCCUCAUGCACUGGAGAGUUCUGUGUCUUUCUCCCUCCUCCUUUUGGUUUCUCUUCCCUGCCCACAAACUCCUCCUUUUGGUUUCUAAGUAUCUGACGAGAUCUGAGCCAACCUGAGUAUAUUAUACAUUUCCAUGUGGCAUUGUUUAUCACCUUGGGAACACAAAGGGUGUGUGCACAUCUAAAACUCCCAACUGUCUAGCUGUGGUUAAGCAAUUGGAAGCAGAGUUCUGGUCUCCCUGUCCACACACGUUGGCCUUUUGGAGUGCAAAUUGUUCUCUACUAGUCUUACAUGCAAUUAAGUCAUACAGUGGCAUUGAUGUUGACAGUGGCCGAAGUUGCCCAGGGUUUCCUCCCCAAUAUCCAUUUCAAAUCUUGGUUAAGAGAAAACUCUGAUACCAGGAAUGGGGAAGUCCAUAGCUUAUUGGCAGAGCAUGUGUUGUGUACAGUAUGCAAGAAAUCCAGGGUUCAAUCCCUGACACCUCAACCUGAAAGGAUCCUGUAUUAGGAAAGUAUUAGGCAUGUACUAGGAAAGACCAACUGUCCUUGUUAGACAGCAACUGCUAAUCAGAGUAGAUGGUUCUUUCCUAGAUAUACCAAUGCUCUGGGUCAACAUUGAGCACAUUCUCCUUCCCUGAAGCUUCUUUCUGGUACCCUACUGGAUUUGUUCACCUGUUGCAUUCUUCCUCCCCGCUCCCCCAAUCCAGUUAAUGCCACUUAUGACUCUGACACCUGGUUAGUCUUGAUGCCUAUGUAAUGCUGAACUGCAAUGGGGGAGGCAGGAGUUGCACCCCAAAAGAGAGGAGGCUCUGUGUGAAUAAAAGUGUUGGUGCUGACCUUUAAAGCCCUAAAUGGCCUCGGUCCAGUAUACCUGAAGGAGCGUCUCCAUCCCCAUCGUUCUGCCUGGACACUGAGGUCCAGCGCCAAGGGCCUUCUGGCAGCUCCCUCACUGUGAGAAGCCAAGUUACAGGGAACCAGGCAGAGGGCCUCCUCGGUAGUGGCACCCACCCUGUGGAAAACCCUCCCACCAGAUGUCAAAGAGAACAACUACUACCAGACUUUUAGAAGACAUCUAAAGGCAGCCCUGUUUAGGGAAGCUUUUAAUGUUUAAUGGAUUACUGUACAAUAUUUUAAUAUUUUGUUGGAAGCCGCCCAGAGUGGCUGGGGAAGCCCAGCCAGAUGGGUUGGCUAUAAAUAAAUUAUUAUUAUUAUUAUUACCCAGAUACUGGUUGAUAAUGCAGCUGCGUUGGAGAAAGUAACUGUAAACUAGUCUUCAAUUCUGUCUGUCAUAGUGCCCUGUGCUACCUACCUUGUAUAUCUGGUGUAUUUCAUCUCUUCCCUCUAACAUGUUUUAUCUCUCUUGCUGAAGUCCCUGGUCCAAGGUGCCAUCCCUGCCAACCUGUCUAGUGAGAUGCCCCAGCUGAUCCCCGUGUUUCCAGGUGGCACUCCUCUGCUCCCUCCCGUGGUGACUGCCAGCAUUCCAGUCUCCACUCCGCUCCCUCCUGCUUCCUUUGGCCUUGUGAUGGACGCCACUAAGCAGCUCUCCUCCUCAUCUGUCCUGGAUGCCUUUGAAUCGCCUGUGGGUGGCAGUGGCAGCUCCCCUUUGGACUCACUGGAUUCGCUGGACUUGCUCCCAUACACAGAGUCCCGCCUCGAUGUGUUGGAUGCUUUUGGAACCAAUAGGGGAUCACUAGAUGCGCUGGAUUCCUUUACUGUUGGUAGGUGUGGGGCCUGUUAGAGUCACAUUAUCUUUUGAGAAAGGGCGGGCAAUGCUGCAUCAAAACUCCGUAUAAUUUCUAGGCAUAUCUCUGUGAAGCAUCAACUGCCCUAGGCUCAUGUUACGUGCUCCUCCACUGCCAUCUAACUCUCUCCUUCUCACCACUCAUAUCAGUUCCUGGCCUAUGUCCCAGCCUUGUAUUGUCGCUUUUCAAUGGCAAAUGUUUCUUUUUUUUUCUAUCUAGGCUGGGUAUAAUAAAUAAGCAAAUGGAUAAAUGUGUUGGUUUGUAUAGUGCCCAUCAUGUGGUUUGCACCAAACAGCAGCAGUAUUAGUUCAUUGCUGCAUUAUAGAUUAAGAGAAACUUAAAGAAUUACUUGACUGAAUAACAAGAUUAACAUGUAAGAGGAUGAAGGAGCAGGAGGUAUGUUUCAGUAUGAUCCAAAGCAAAUUUGAAGAAAAGAGUCUUUUUCUAGCCAGUGAUAUCUAAACCACUAGAAAAUAAUUUUGGUGAGAACUGUCUCUUUGGAGUAAUUUGAAACUAACACUGGAGAGAGAACCCCCUGGGAUAUUUCCCUAUGCAGACCUCAUGGUAAUGACCUGGGUGGCAGGGCUGUGCAAGAGCAUUACUAUGAUUUUCUUUCUUAAAUCUAGGGUUUUUUAUUAUUAUUGAAACUAUCUGCCUCAAGUGCUAAAAGAAUGUGGAACUUGGUUUCUGUUGCCUCUUGGGAACUUAAGAAAAGAGAAGGUAGUUGAAUGUGGUAGUGCUCGGGUAGUUGGCAAUCAUGCUUGUAAGACCGGCCACCUGUCUUCAUUUCUCUUGUGAUUUUUCUCACCUUGUUCAGAGGAAACCAGCACACAAGAACCACGGCAGCCUGCUGGUAUCCAGAAACCACCACCCUUGGUGAGUAGUAGUAGUUCUCUUUUUCUCUGGAUUGGGAGAUAGAAUAAUCUGUGGGCCAAGAGCUGAAAAUGGACCCCUUGGCAUCAUGUAAGGUGGCAAAACUUCAUUAGGAUUUUUUGAAAGGUGUAUAUCUUGGUUGCAUUUUCAUGUGAUAGCCCGUUCUGACAGGUUGCUUGAGCUCUUUAUGCUGUCAUUAAGAUGGCUGAUGCCACCUUUUCUAAUUUAAGAUAUAAUGUCAACAAAGUAUGUGAUUUAAAAUGUUAAAACUAUGUUGGAAAGCUAAUGAAAUCUGUUACAAAAAACUAAUAAUUUCACUGUUUUUCACAAUUACCAUGAUACAGCCAUGUAUCAGGAAAAAAGUUAUUUCCCCUCUCCUGAGCUAUAUAUGACACUUUAGCUGAACCACAUAGGCAAUUAAAGUGUAUUGGACAAUUCUGGAUACUCUUUGACCUUUCCAAUAAGCUUUCAAAUAAGAAGGAAAUAGCUUUUCAGGUGCACCUUCAGUGUAACAGUCAAUAAUAUAACUGAUAUCCAGAUUUCAUCCAGUCUAUUCACUAAUGGCACAAUAGGGCAACACUUUGACAGUUCUUCUUUGCAACGCUGCCUAGAAUUCAUGGGAACGCUCAAGAUUGUAUUUUCGGUUGACCUCAAAAGUCAGGGUAAUAAUAAAUCAAUGAGAAGGGCUUUAGUCUGCACGCUUUGGCUUGUUCUUUCUGAAAUGCAGGUUGACCUGAAGAACUUCAGGAGAGGGCUUCAAUUACUUUUUGUUUCAAUUUUCCCCCUCCCCUCUCUCCAGGCAAAUCACAGUGGACCAAGUCACCCAACGGUACCCAAAGUGGUAGAGUUGCUGAUGUGUCAGCCAGAGUCAAUGAUGCCCAACACAGCUCUGCUUGUGAAGAAUCCGCUGGCAUCCACUCACAUCUUCAAACAAGCCUGUCGCAUCUGCUAUCCCAAAACAGGUUAUUUGCUUGUGGUGACUUGGACUAGUUGCUAUUGGAAAAAUUGGGCUCUUGUUAAUCUUGUCUCCCAUUUUGUAGGACCCAAGGCUGGCGAUUAUACCUAUCGAGAAGGUCUGGAACACAAGUGCAAGCGGGAUAUACUGCUGGGCCGGCGCUGCAACUCGGAAGAUAAAACCUGGAAGAGAAUCCGACCACGGCCAACCAAGACAAACUUUGUGGGAUCUUAUUAUCUGUGCAAAGGUGAAUUGAUGGGAAAGGGUGCAUGGGGGGGGGGGGGGAAACGGGACUGCUUCCUACAGAAGGAGGGUUCUGUGAAAUAUGGCGUGGGGGGAGAGAGGCUGCUUUCUGUAGCAAUGACCUGUUUCCUACUGACCUACCCUCUCUCCUUCAUGAAUGUGUACAGACUUUAAUUAUUAUAGGGAUUUAUACCUUUGCCUUCAAUUGAUUCCCCAGCAUGGUGGUUUACAACAUUUUCAAAGUUCAGUAAUAAAACAAGAUAAAAUAUAUUCAAAAGCACACCCAAAGCAGCAAGAUUUAAAAGGGCAGCAUAAAAACACAAUUGUCAUCAGCCAAGAAAAAAUGAUUAAAUUAUCAUUCUAAGAAAAUCAAAUUGUCUGACUUACGCCAAAAUGGGCAGGUGUCAGGCAGGUCUCCUUGGGGAGAUUAAGUUAAUCAUUAGUAAAGAUGACAGGGGCUUGAGUUAUUAUGAUGACUAAUUGCAACCUUGUCCAACACUCUCCAGGUGUUGUUGUUCUACUGCAACUCCCAUGAGCCACAGCCAGUAUGGCCAAUGGUCCAGGGUGAUGUGAGUUGUAGUCCCAACAGCAUCCCGAGGGUACCAGGUUGGGGAAGGCUGGGCUACCCCAAGAUGUGACAUUUUGAACUCAUUGGUUUAUUUUUAACUGUUUGUGAUCUUGGGGCUGGGUGGGAGGGGAGAGAAGGAAACAGAAGAAGGGGUAGCAAGAGAGCUUGGUUCUGAUUCCAGCCUCCAUUCCUUGUGUGGUGGUGUGAUGUCUGUUGCUUUGUAGAUAUGCUUAACAAGCAGGACUGUAAGUACGGGGAUAACUGCACCUUCGCGUACCACCAGGAGGAGAUCGACGUGUGGACAGAGGAGCGGAAGGGGACUCUUAAUCGUGACCUCCUCUUUGACCCGCUGGGCGGAGUCAAGCGGGGCAGUCUGACCAUUGCCAGGAUAUUGAAGGAACACCAGGGCAUAUUCACCUUUCUCUGCGAGGUAUGGAGUAGAAGGCAGGCAAGAUGUCCUUCCACUGCAUCAUUCUCCUUGUCUAGUUACAUAACUGGGCCAUUGAGCCUUUCACCCAGAAUACUGCCCAGUGCUGACAUUUAUCAGUUUUGGUUUUGCAUAAAAACACCAAAAUUCUGCUUACCCUUUCUCUCUCACACUCCAUUCUGGGUUGCAGCUCUGCUUUAAAAUGAAGGAAAAUGGCACCUCUCUGGAAUUUCCUGUCUAGUGCUAUGUGGCUAGCCUUGAGCUGGCCUCCAGAAACCCCCAGUACUGCUGAGAAACAUGAAUUGGAAACAUCACUGUGUGGUUGUGGCUUGAUUACAAUAAGCAUCCUGUUCUCUCGCAAAGUAACUUAGCAGAAAGCAACUGUGUUCUAGUCAAUGGAGCGUUAGGCUGGGUCCUGGAAGAUCGGGACUCAUUGAGUGGGCAAGUUGCAACCUCCUAGCCUUAAUUUCUCAUCUAUAAUAAUAAUUACCUAUAAUCACAAGUUGCCAGGAGCAUGAUAAAGGAACACAAGAAGCUGUCUUGCACUGAAUCAGACCAUUGGACCAUCUUGCCCAGUAAUGUCAACACUGACUGUCAGGGGCUCUCCAGGGUUCCAUUUGGGAACCAUUCAGAUUUCAGCCCUUGUUAGGCAAAUAUUACAGUGCAUUAGAAGUGCAUUAGAAAUGAUUGUUUAAAGCAGUUUCUAGGGACUUAAGAGUCUGAAACCCUUUUCUAAUGGUGUGCUUGCAGAUCUGCUUUGAUAGCAAACCCCGGAUAAUCAGCAAAGGGACCAAGGACUCGCCAGCAGUGUGCUCCAACCUAGCUGCGAAACAUAGCUUUUAUGAUAACAAGUAAGUGGGCUGGGCUUCGUCAUAGGAAGUUGCCUUGUACUAAGUCAAACCUUUAACUAGCUCAGUAUUGACUCUACACAGACUGCUCUCCAGGGUUUCACACUAGAGUGUCUCUACCUGGAGAUGCUGGGGAUGCAAAGCAGUUGCUCAACAGUGAGCUGUGGCUGAUGGUCUCACCAGUAAUGCCCUACCCCCACCCUGUUUGAUUCUGGGAAUACUCCUGGCCUAUCCUAUAUUAUUAUGAUAAGGAUCAUUAAAUCCAUAUUCAUGCAUUACCUUUAGCAGCAUGGAAACAGUUGACAUGUGGUUGUGCUCAUGCUGCUACAGUCAUCUAGCAGAUCAUUUAAAGCAGCAUUCCUCACUGUGAUGCCAUCCUGUUAACCACCACACAUAAGCACCUCAGUUGUGGAACCAACCUUUUCCUAUUGUUGGUUCGGAUGAUUAAGUAUUUGCCGUGCUUCUUGAGUAAUGCAUAAAUCAGGCCCAAGAUAUAAUAUUUUAUUGUCUGUCUAGCCCAGUCAAUACAUUACUCAUGAAGCAUUGCAGAUACACAAUUGCCAAAGCCCACAUCCAGUAAGUGUGUGUUCUGAAACUGAGGUACGUACCCAUGGUGGUAUAAACUUAGCACAAUUAGCUCCCAAAGUGGCUUAUAAUGACAAUCCACAAAAGGUGCAAAUAAUUAGGGACUGGUGGGCAUGUUUUAUGGCAGUCUCUUGACAGGCUAACAUUGUAGUCCAGAUUUGAGGUUCUUCUCUGUAGAAUCAGGGGGCAGAAGGCGCUGCAAAUGGAUGGGCUGGCUCAGGCUGAGCAGUAUUUUUCUAUAUCACUGCUGUUUUAAAACAAAUAUCUUUAUGAAUAAACAUUCCUCUCCUCGAUGCAGGUGUCUAGUUCACAUUGUUCGUUCCACCUCACUAAAAUACUCCAAGAUCCGCCAGUUCCAGGAGCACUUUCAGUUUGAUGUGUGCCGGCAUGAGGUGCGUUACGGCUGCCUGCGUGAAGACAGCUGCCAUUUUGCUCACAGCUUCAUAGAGCUCAAAGUUUGGCUGCUACAGCAGUACUCCGGUAAGUGUACCACUUGGCUCAUCCUGGAGAGGAUGGAUGGAGAGGGAGAUCUGCAGUAUUUAUGGUUCCUGAGAUGCCUUUCUAGGGACCAUAGGAUUGUACCUUUAGUGUAUUAAAAUCUUACAUACAUGAAUUAUAAGAGCCGAGGGAAUGAUUUGUGGUGUUAGGUUUUAAUAUUCUACACUUUGCAGAAAAGAAAAGCUCUAGAGUGGAUCAGUGGAUGUAACUGCCAACUUGGCAAGAGUGGCUGGAAAUUGGAGGCAGCAUGUCUGAAUCAAGAGCUCUUAAAUUUUAUGCACUUUUGUUGCUAUAUUUCUGCUGCACUUGUAGUGUUUUAUAUAUAUGAAGGGUGGGGCGUGUGUAUGUGUGUGUACACCCACCCACCCACACACCACCCUUCAUCAGAGAUCUCAGGGUGGUUCACAAUGAAAUUACUUGAAUCUCCAAGCCUGUUGGUCCAUUGCCUUUUUGAAACACUACAAGUAAAACCACUGUUUUAAAAAAUCUGAAAAGAUUCUGGAAGUUGGAAGCGCUUAAUAGAAGACUUUAUUAUAAUUCCAGGGAUGACCCAUGAAGAUAUUGUACAGGAAUCCAAGAAGUACUGGCAACAGAUGGAGGCACAUGCCAGCAAGACUAACAGCAAUAUGGUAAGGAACUUGAAAGAUCCAAUGCCAAUGGCUGUGUUUUAUGAAAACACACAUUCAUUGAUCAAAGGUAGACAGCAUUAGGAACUUCCAGUUCCAGGAGGUGUACUUUACUUCUGUACUUGUGUACAUAAAAUGUACACUAGCAUUCCCUAAUUUUUCCACCCACACAGAAAUUCCUGGAGAACAUUGUGCAUAGAUAAACUCUGGCAUUCACUAGCCUAAGAUAUGGUGGUGGUCACCAACUUGACUCUAAAGGGAAACAGACAGAUUUGUGUUAGAUAUGGCUAACAGUUGCUUCUAGUCUUGAUGACUAUGUUGCCUUCAGUAUCGGUUGCUGAGGAUAGGGCUGUUGUCCUCAUGUCUUUUUGUGGGCUUCCCAGAGGCAUAUGAUUGGCUACCAUGAAGAACAGGAUGCUUGACCUACCAGAACUCUCUCUGUAUUCUUUUGUGUGCCUUUGAGAGAAUAAGAAGCGACUCUCUCUGUAUAGUGGCCCCCCAGGAUAGGGGUGGGAUUGGCUGCUACUCCAGUAUAUUCGUAUUAUUAAAUGGUGUAUGUAUUCCUUCCCCUUCCUUGCUUUUAACUUCUCUCUUUCUCUCUCAUUUGGAAUAUCAUAGGGGUUAAAACAUGUUAAGGAGCUUCUUAAAUGGAAAUACUUGUUUAUGCGAAAAUAGCUCAAGGGUUGUUCUGUGUGUAAGACCACAUUCCUAAACACAUUUAGUGGCCAACAAGAGCCAUUAGGCACAGUGGCACUAACUUCUCAGCAAGGAUGAAUUGGUAUAUAUUACCCAUGUCCAAAAUAGGAUCUAGAAUGGAGCAGUUGGGCCUUGAGGCAGCUUUCAAGGAAGGGAGGAGGAUGUUUAUGGGCUGUAUGGGCGAGUGGCUCUUCAUACUGCAGUGCAGCCCGUGGGGGGUGGGCUUAUUUUGGGUGGAGAUCACGAGGUUUGCUGCAACUAUUACUCUGACUUCUCUCCUUCCCACUCGGUUCCUUCAGCUGAUCAUGCCUGCCGGCAUCUAGCAUGACGCUGUUAGAGGCAGCACUAUCUCAUUUGUUCUUUGUGGUUGUUAAAAGUAACAGAAAGAAAUUAUGCCACACACACCCCGGGACAAAAUCAAAGCCCAGAAGCAAUAGACCUUAGAAAAAAUAUAGUAAUGAGUAGCUAAGAGCACUCUUUUGAACCAUGAAGAACGGGGAUCAGAUUUGAUUAUUGGAAGAUUAUGGCUGGUGGGAGGGCUGUUGAUCUGUAGGCUGAGGUUCAAAAGCCAAGUGGCAGCUUUUUUUUUUUUUAGUUUUUAUAAUUUUCUUUUAUAUAAAUUACAACAAUUAUUCAAUCAUAAUUUUAACAUUUAAAACUCCGACUCCCGUCCUCCUCUUUCUAUGGUUCUUUACAUUUCUUUUCAUCUUCCUGCAUACUCCAAAUUAUCUCAACAUAUUCUUUUAUAUAUCUAUUCCCAUAUAUAUCCCCCAUAUAUAGAGAGAGAGAGACUACAGGUUUUUACAUUAAUCCUGCCAAUGUCUUAAUCUGUUUACAGUUUGUUUGUAAAUACCCAGUAAACCAUUUCCAUUCCUUUCUUUUAAAAAUUGUUAAAUUGCUAUCUUGAUUUCUUAUUCUCUCAGUACGUUUUGCCAUUUCUGCCUAGUCCCAUUAACUUCUAUAUCCAUUCUUCUUUCGUUGGGACCUCUUCUUCCUUCCAUUUUUGGGCAAAUAACAUUCUUGCAGCUGUGGUUGCAUACAUAAAUAAAUUUCUAUACUGUUUAGGUAGUUCUGAUCCCAUAAUUCCCAAAAGAAAAGCUUCUGGUUUCCAAGUGGCAGCUUUUAAAGUACUACUGUGCGAUAAUAACCUGCUACCCUCCUCCUGGGUUUCAUUUUGGAGUCCUGGAGAAGUGCCUAGCUGAUGAGUAACAAAAGGAGCCCAGCCCUGGCAUUGGAUUAAAACAGCUCUUGAACUAGAACACUAAGUUCUUUGACCUUUAAUGACUUUCAGAAGGUGUGGUUAGUCAGAAGAGAAAGGGAGGGGAGGGGAGACCCAUCAUUUAGAAGUUGUUAGAUUAAAAUGCUAAAUAAUAUUUCCUACCACUUGGUGUCUCUUAUUCCUUCUGUCAGUCAGUUUCAGCAUAGAAGGACAUGUUAUGACUUGUCCAGCACAUAGAGGAUUGUGGCUUCAUGCUAGUAUAACAAUGGGGUCAAAUAAUCAUACUGCGCAGCUACAUCAUACUUUUCAGAGAAGAGCACGGGUGGAAGGAUUGAGGCAGUACAGAUGCAAGGGAGGAUCAGGCAAGAGCUGGGGAAGAGGGCAGUUGGGGUGUUGUGGUAGCCGAUGAAACAAAUUAAACUCUGGAUGCUCUCCCACCACCAUUUACUUCCAUGGUGGUUUAAGCUGGUACACAUGUAGCCAUUAAGGAAAUGAAUGGUCUGCAUUGUCCAGUCUCAUGAUGUGGGGCUGAGAGUUUUCUUCCCUUUUGCUUUUUUAAACACAUCUCUGUUUCUGAUUUAGAAAAUUGCACGCACACAAAACCAUUUUCUUUACGGUGUGCUUCAUGCACAUCCUGGCAAUUAUUCAUGCAUUGGGGAAGAAGCAAGCUUGAGGACCAGAGGGAUGGGAAGGAGCUGUCUGGUAGAAUGGUGCUGACCAGACCUAGAGCCUUUUUUGGUUUGGGGAAAGGAGGGAGGUGUUGCUGUUUCAGCAUUCUACCUAUGAUUCAUACCCUCUGACAUGCCAUAGAGGAAAAUUGGGAUGCACAUCUUUUGGUGACUCGUGCGAGAGCAUGGCUCCCCAAAAUGUGGUCUUUUGGGGCUGCGCUCUUGCUGACGGGACAUCCCAGGAUCCAGUCAGAAGCCGGGAUGGCUUCUGUAAUUCCGGGAUGUCCCUGGGACAGUUGAGGGGUGUGAUGAUGCCCAAGUAUUUCCAUGCUGAAGGUGGAGGGGACAUGUUCCCAAUGAGAGGAGAAAGACCAAGUAGGAGUAGUAAAUUAUUAAGUGCCAUGGUGGAGGAAUGCAGCAGAAGCAGAACUGGGACAGUGGAGGCAUAGCCUAGUAUCAGCUAGAGCAGACAGGGAGGAGCGGCCUUGUCCUCUGACAGCCUAUCUCCAUGUCGUGGUGGAGGCAUUCAGAAAGCAUGAGGAACACAUGCAGCUUAUGAGACCAUUUUGGAGGCUGAGCUAAGAGUCCCCCGCCCCCCAUGGCUGGGUAUACAAGGGAGAAGGUGGCCUUGGGCAGCUCACACCCUACGUCUCUGAGGCUGCAGCCUUCCAUACCUGGAUCCCUUCAUUUCUAAUAUCUGCGGACAUGUAAUAUUUGGGGGUACAUUCAAGCCAAGGAUGCUGAAGAAGUCCUGCACUGUUUUUCUAAUGAGUCUCGCAAUCCCUUUGUGAAAUAAAACAUUCAAUCCAUCCUCCGUGAUGGGAGUUGGAAGUCCAGUAGCAUCUGGAGGGUCCAAAUUCCACCAUCUCUGAGCCUAGUGGGUGUCCUGAACUAAGUCAAAAAUGUUCAGUUAGUAAGAAAUGCUGCUGUGAAAAGCACAGCUGAUAGCAAUGAAGAUUUUUUAAAAAUGUUUGUGUGGGCAUGUUCAGAACAUGCUUGUUGCUGAUAGCCUGCUAAUUAAACAGGGUCCUGCAUGACACUGAUGUAUAGCAUGCUUGCAGCUUUUUAAAUGGAAGGGGAUUUCAAAUAUAACUAACCAAUCCCAGAUGGGUUCAUUGUGGUUUUGUCCAAGCCGAGGAAACCAUCCUACCAGCUUUUAGCUAAUUCUCAAAGAAAGUAGUAACAGUUCACUGGUGCAGAGGGCUAAGCAACCAACAGUGGAAAGUUUGUUUUUGCCUUUCUUUUUCUCCAGUCUAAGCAGGUUAAUUUGGCAUAAUGCUUAUUCAGCUGUGCUUCCAGCUAAAUAACUCUUGCAUGGAGAGGGAGUGGGGGAACUUCUGUGGGGAGAGGGAUGAUGCAGAGUCACAUUAGGGGGGUGGGUUCUGUCUCCCCAGAAUUCCCUUAUUUGUGUGCACUCUGCUCUUGUGCUAAGAUGACUUUGGUUCAGAAAAACUAAAUAACAGGAUGACUUGCUCUCUUGCUACUUUCACAGAUUGCAAAAUCACCUGACAUUUUCUAAGCUGUGAAGUUGUCUGGAAACUAAUUGCACAAUGCCUGAAUGCAUUCGUUUUUUGAUAUACCUGGAACAGCCAUUCUGUAUAGCCAGCUUCACUCUGGUCUGCCGGUAAAUAAUGCUGGGCUGAGUUGCUUUUUUUGGCAACUAAAUAUGUGUGAAUAAUUGGGAACAGCUGGAGAAAAGUUAACAGAGUUAGGGAAAGGUUACGAGAGAAUAAUACUCUUGCAUAUCUAAGUGAAAUCAGACCCAUCCCACAUUUCUAGAAUUGGCCUUCAACCAUUGUUCUAUCUAGCUCAGUACUGUUUACACUGACUGGCAGAAACUCUCCAAAGUUUCCUUUGGGGGGCAUUCCCAGUCUUCCCUAGAGAUGCCAGGGAUUGAAACUGGGACUUUCUGCAUGCAGAACAGAUGUCCUGCUUCUGAGCUACAGAUAUUUCCCCAAAGCAUACUCAGUGACUACUUGGGGUUGGUAGAAGAAUGAAAACUAGAGGGAGGGAGAAAUGAAAUGGAAUAUCCUGAAAGAAAUCAUAGCUGGCUGGCUGGAAUUCUGAAAGAAGCUCACCCUACUUCAACGUUUUGUUGGUGAUCUUAUUCGCGUGCGCUACCACUGAUCCACUGCUCUCUUUCUCGUUGUGGCAUGCCUUCUGCCUUACUUGGAAUAACAAAUCAAAGCAUUGCUGUGCCAAAGCUUUUAAUCAUGUGGCCGGUAUGGUUUAGUUGCCAACUAGAUCUUGUAAUGUUGGCCCCAUAACAAUGCAGCUGUUAAUCUGAAGCCAGUUGGGCUGAGUUAAUUCAUGGCAUGCUUAGGAACCUCUAAUUUCCAUGCAACAUUGACUAAUUUAUUAGCAAUCUGUCAGGUAUGUGUCUUGCUGUUACAAAUACAGUCAUGCACAGUUGAUGCUUUGGCUUCUUCUUUUAGUUCCUUUUACCUUUGCAAAGAUGUAUUUACCUGGCAAGGAUGCAUAUGCUUCUCAGCUUUGGGCUACUCACCUGAAAAGACCUGUUCAGUUUAUGCUUGCCUCAUGUUCUUGGAAGCUUCUAAUGUUUAGAAGGCAUUUUUCAAAGCCUUUGAUGAGGGUGUGAAAAGACUGGAGGCAGCGAUUAUUAGAUAGAUACCUAAGGGAUGAAUUCCAUCUGCAACAAUGACUUAUAUGGAUUUAUUUGGUGGGAGGGCCUUGAUGGCAGCUUUCCACAUGGCUAAUUAACACUGUAGAAAUAGGUGUCUAGUAGGCUUGGCUAAUAGGGAUAGCUGUUUUUGUUCCAGGAAUUUGCGUUUUGUCAUAGUUACUCUUUUUGCACCAUACCUCCUGCACUAAUCUGGAUUAGCCCUGUUUUUCCAUUUGUUCUUGCAGUGAUCAGCAUGGCGAUUGGUACAAUCUUUACUUAUGUGACUUGUGACACCAGUCUGGUGCGUUUAUCCAGGGCACCUGAGUCUUUAGAAACUCCCUCCAGAAUUACACACAUGUAAAACUUUAAACCCUCCUUCUAGGCUUGGUCUAAGGCAGGGUCCAUUCUCUGUGGCGAUUUCCUUGGCCUCAGUUGGUGUGCUCUGGCUACCUGAUUCAGAUGGCUAUCCUUACCUGAGAAUAAAGACUCAGUGGAGCUUGUUUUGAGUUGAUGCAGCAUAAUCCUACACAAAACACUGUGGCUGAACAAAUUGCUCGCGAUCAGCAUUCUUUGCGUUUUGCACUCCUAAAGCAGUUCGCACCCAGAGUGACUCAUUCGUCCCAGACCCCUGGUGUGUGUGUGUGUGUGUGUGUGUGUGUGUGUGUGUGUGUGUGUUUUAUUUUAAUUUAAGUUCCAUGAGUUUGUUUAUAAAGAAAAGUAGCAAAAAAAAUUCUAACAUUGCAGUCAAAGGAAUGAGGAUUGUAUGUGAGUAUUGUGUUUAAUGUUCUUUUUUCCUAUAGAGGUGGCAAGAACCAUAACAAUGUGAACCCUCUUUUCUUCCUCCUCCCCCAACCAACACACAUUUUCUACACUAAAUUACCACCACCAGUUGCAUGAAUCUGUGGUCUCCUGUCCUGGGGUAACUAUCUCUCCAUAUAUCUCAGCCUCUGACUUCUCCCUCCUGCCACUGUUUCUUUCCAAAUUCUAAGUUGGCACAAAUUGUCUUUAAAUUAUUAGCAGCUCUUUUCUCUUCUACUCAAAUUGUUAGUCAUUCAGAGCUGAAGUAUCAUGCUUAAUAUGUUGCUCAGGCAGAGAAUUCCAUCAAGUAAUAUUCUCUGCCCCCAAUGUUGUAAAAGAUGAUAUAGUUUAUAUAUGCACAUUAAACUGCCUAACAGCGUCCAUGUCACCCAGGAGACCGCAGCUGCAGAGAUAAGAAAAGAAGAGUUGUUCUUUUGUCUGAAGAGGUCCCUUCCUGGUUCACAUGGAGAAGCCAUUUUCAACAGAGCCCACCAAUGGAAGCGCACAGCUGUAUUGAGGCAGCACUGGGUGUUGAAAUUUUGCACCCGCUAACAAUUUUGUGUCCAGGGCAACCGCCACUGCUGGCUCCGCUCCCCCCCCCAAAUGCUAUGCCAUUGCUAUGUUUCUCAGGAACACAGGUGGCCUCUUCGGCUUGCCGAUCGGAAGGUUGGCGGUUCUAAUCCCCGCAACGGGGUAAACUUCUAUUGCUCUGUCCCAGCUCCUGCCAACCUAGCAGUUCGAAAGCAUGCCAGUACAAGUAGAUAAAUAGGUACCGCUGCGGCAGGAAGGUAAACAGCGUUUACGUGCACUGUUGUUUCCGUAACAGUGUUCCAUUGCACCAGAAGCGGUUUAGUAAUGCUAGCCACACAACCCGGAAAGCUGUCUGUGGACAAACACCAGCUCCCUCGGCCUGAAAGUGAGAUGAGCGCCACAACCCCAUAGUCGCCUUUGACUGGACUUAACCGUCCAGGAGUCCUUAUGUUCCUCAGGGUUAAUUUGUGUAUUUAUCUUCAUUUUAGACUGGGUGUGUCAUGUGCAAUGUUUGCAACCCCUGCAGGAAGUGAAGUGAGUCCAAGCCCAGGACUGUAAAGAUCAUAUAGGCCCAAUUUAUGCCCUUAGAGCCCAGUCUAUUGAUUAGAUACUGUGCUGAACCAGUGGCCAAUACUGGCAAAAAAAAACCCCGUUCCUGUAGGAAUGCAAUUGUAAAUUCAACAGCAUGGAUCAUAAAAAGAGGGUUUUUUUACUGUGAGUUUUUUAUUGUGCCAUUUCAUUAUCUCUAACACCACAUCCCACAAUACUAGAAAACAGAAGUAGGUGGCUUAUUAGCUUCUUCAAUAGCAUGAAUCAGAGUCUGUGGAGAGAAAGAAAGAGAGAGCGCUUUAUCUUUAUCUUCAGUCCCUUACAUAUGAUAUCCUUUACAUUUUCAAAUAACGGGAUUUUUGUCUGUAAAUUAGCAGCAAAGGCUAUUUACGUAUAUAUCACUAUCCAUUCUAAUGUAAUUUUAUCUUACUGUUAGGAUCUGUUUUUGCAGUCUUAUUUUGUCACUUGCUUUAUUCUGCAGUUCUCAUAAAAGAACAUACGUGUAAAAAUGUGUAUUGUCUUAGUAAAUCUAGCUUGUCGAAUUUUGUGGAUGCAGCAACUCCCUCCACCAACUUUCUUCCUUCCUCCUUCCCAAUAUCAGGCUUCUGCGAGGACUCCCACGUCAAGCACUUUCGACCUCCAAAUGAAAUUUGUUUGUGGCCAGUGUUGGAGGAAUGGGCAGGUGGUGGAACCAGACAAGGACCUCAAGUACUGUAGUGCCAAAGCUCGCCACUGGUAGGUGCCCUUACCUAUUCUACUGCCUGUAGAAUGUUUUCCUACCAUAGAUUUUGUGGCGUGCUUUUAUUUAAACGAUUGCUGUGGUUUUCUAGGGUUUUGUUUUUAUUCCUUGUAGACUAUAAAAUGUAUUUGUGGUCAUUUUUGAACUGAGUCAGUGCCAGGCAUACCUACUCUUGUGGAGGAAGCUGUGUGGAGAAAAAACAUGGGGAAAGGGGAGAUUAAAAAUGAUGCAGAGUUUAUGGGCCAAUUACGUAUGGGUCUGUAUUGUUUUAAUACAAUGUUUCCCAAAGUUUUGAUAAUGGGACAGGUGCCCCCCCCAUUUUAAAAAUGGAGGUAUACUGAGGCGUUCCCAAAGUAAAGCAAGGAAUGAACUCUGAUUAAUAAGAAUACACACAGAGGCUUGAACCAGCAAGAUUCUGGGAAGGGUGCGUAUAAUAAUCUCUCUCCCUCUACCCCACGACCCAGGUUGUUUUAUUCACAAAAUAACUUUUUACAAAGUGAUCGUAAGAACCAAUCAGACUUCUUCUGAGCAUUUCAAUAAACCCCACGUUGGGAAAAUUUAAACUACCAAAACUAAUUAAGCACACAUAUUACGAUCAUUAUCACCUUCAGGUGAGAUCUGCUUCCUGGCCCUAAGAUUAACAUCCUAAGUUUAACAUAUCAGAAAAGCUACAUCAAAAGAAGCUGCCCACUAUCUUUGAUGACCCAGGAUGCCUGCCUGCAGUACGUGACUUGUCAAGAAAGAGAAAUGGAACAGGGAUGCAGAGGUGUGGAUUGAUCUGGAAUCAUAUCACAAUAGUUUAAACCCAGCCAACGCAAUGCUUUCAUUGCUGACACAGAUGGCUUACUCUAUAUUUAUAAUUCCUCAUAGCAAUCCCACCUGAUCACUACAGUAUACUUCAGCUUUGCACUAAAAAAGAUUACUAUAAAUGCUUGAUUAACUUGUAAAGCAAUGGGCAGGGAGUUUGAAGCCAGCCCAUUUUGAUUCUGCUUCCCAACGUCUUACCCUUUCCUUUGCCUAGGAAGCAUGGUUGCUUCCCUAAGUAGGCAAUGUGUCAGGGAUUCCCCCAUGCCUGACAGCUCUAGCACAGGUUGCAUCUGGGGAAUCUUUGUGCAUUAUUAGUCUUUCCUUCAGGGUUAUGUCAAUGAUCAUAUUCUGGCAAAAAGGAGGAAACGGGUGCUGUCUGCUGCCUCCCCACUCGGAAGGUAUGCACAGUGCCUGCACACACUCCUUCAAUAAGCCUUCUAAAAUCUUUAUCCUAGUUGGUGCCUGUCCUGGACCUGAAUGGAUUGUGUGUAUUUGUUGUUGUUUUCAACUGCUUUUAUAUUUAUAGUGGUUGUUUUUCAAAAUUGUUUACAUACACAAUUGCUUUUUAAAUUGUUUUUAUAUACAGUCGUACGUUGGAAGUUGAAUGGAAUCCGUUCCAGAAGUCUGUUCGACUUCCAAAACGUUCAGAAACCAAAACGUGGCUUCUGAUUGGCUGGAGGAAGCUCCUGCAACCAGUCGGAAGCUCCAUUGGUUGUUCAGUUUCCAAAAACAGUAUGCAAACCGGAACAGUUACUUCCAGGUUUGCAGUGUUUGGGAGCCAAAACAUUCGAGAACUAAGCUGUUCAAAAACCAAGGUAUGACUGUAGCCAAGUUUUAUAUUUGUCGUUAUAGUGUAAAUCAUUUUGAGAUGCCUCUUGAGGAGUAGCAAGAGUAAACAAAUAAGGAUAUAGUGAGAUAGAUGCCACCAAUGGUUAUUUAGAUAUUAGAUUUAUAUCCCAUCUUUCCUCUGUGGUGGUUAAGAGAUAGUCUCCCUUCCAUUCAGGCAUUGCUACUCUGCUUUAGGAAGGUGCCUUCACACACUGCCACAGACUUGGACAUAGUAGCUGCUUAAGUUUUCAAGGCCUAAUUCUCUCUCUCUCUCAUGGCACACUAGUGUGCCCUGACAAGCAGUUCUGAAAACUCUUCCUUAGUCUAUAAAUCAUACAAUCUAUGUGAUAAAGGGCCAGAUGAUCUGCCUCGUAAGGCUUUUCUUAUCUGCUACUGCUUCACACAGUUUAUUUUGGCGAUUAGUUGUUGUGUGUUGUCCUCCCCACCCUGCCCACGUGGUUCGUGGCACAGAGCUUUCCUUCUUUCUAGCAGGGAAUUCUGGAUUCAUUAGCUCAGUCUGUACACCAGUUGUCAUGAAAACCAGACUCUGCUCAUAAUGGAACAUUUUCUGAGCAUCUUUUUUUGUUCCCCCUCCCCUGGUAGUUGGACCAAGGAGCGCCGUGUCCUGCUUGUGAUGUCCAAAGCAAAGAAGAAGUGGGUGUCUGUCCGACCAUUGCCUUCCAUCCGCAACUUCCCUCAGCAAUACGAUGUGAGUAGCACUGUUGUUUUGCAGAUGGCGCUUAACAUAAGAACAUCAUCGGAGCCUGCAGGAUCAGGCACAACUAGUCCAGCACUCUGUUCUUACAGUGGCCGGUCAGUUGCCUAUUGGAAGCCACAAGCAGAACUUGAGCAUAAUAGCAUUUUCUCCACUUGUGUUUCCCAGGAACUGGUAUACAUAGGCAAACUGCUUCUGGCAGCAAUGGUAGACCAUCACCAUCCUGCUUAUUAGCUGUUGAUUACCUUAUCCUCCAUGAACUUAUCUCUUUUGAAGCCAGCCAAGCUUAUGGCCACCACUGCUUUUUGUAGGCGUGAAUUCCCUAGUUUAUUAUUAUUAUUAUUAUUAUUAUUAUUAUUAUUUCUCAGCUCAGGGCAGUUCACAGAAUAAAAUAAAGGAUAAAAACAAGAAAACAAUUUAAACAAAAGAGGAAGGUUUUCAGCUGGUGCCUAAAAAUAUAUAAUGUAAGUGCCAGGCAAACUAAGUGCUGUGCGAAGAAAUGUCCUUUCUUAGCUGCCCAGAAACUUGGAUGUCUCUUAAGUUUUAGUAUUAUGAGAGAGGGAGAAAACUUUUCUCUAUCCACUUUCUCACUGUUUAUCAUUCUUUAUAUCUGCCAUGUAUCUUACGUGCCUUUUCUCUAAGAAGCCCCAAAUGUCGCGUGACCUUUUCUUAUAGGUGAGUUGCCUUCUCUUUCCAUUCACACUUGAGCUCUGUGUGGAGUGAGAAGGGAGCCAGAAUACAGAAGCCGAAGGAGGAAGAGCUCUUUAGACAGGGGAAUAGCAGAGUUAUUGUUAGACAAAAAACAGGUGCUGGUUGAAGGCCAAGAUUAGUCAGUGGUGCAGUAAUGAAAGAAUAUUUUGACACCCGUUGAAAUCACCCAUGCAAAUUUGGUGGUUUUAAUUAAAAUCAUUGUUCCAUGAAAGACUGGUUGGCCCUGGAAUCAGGUAUAGCAUUUCGCCUUGGGUUACCCUCCUCUAAUUCAGAGUGCUGUGUGUGUGAAAAGAAGCUGGUGAUAUUCCUCAGUUUGUUUACUGCCAGAGAAGGUGUGGCACUAGCUCCUGGGCUUGAAAAUGAAGUGACUUCAAGUCAAUUCAAGGAUUUGGAAAGCACUGCUCAUUCAAAAAAGAAGAAAACUAUCAAGAGGAGCUCUUAAUGUUAAGCCCAGUUGUGGGUGAACAUGUUGCAAAACUUUUUUGUAUCCCUUUUUCCUAAGGGAAGGGAAGACUCAAAACGACCAACAAUAUUUGGUAAAUAAUGAGCAAGCAAUACAUGCAUGUGCGUAUAUUUGUUGGCUUUUUGCAGUAUGGUAGCGCUGCAGAGAGCUUGCUGGGGAGACCAUGCAUUAAAAAGGGACUCAAAAAUAAUUUAAACAAGGUUUUAAUAAGAAAAACAAAAACUCCUUUUACACUAAAUACAUUAACAAACAAACAUGACCCAACCACCAACCCAUCCCCAGGGUAAUGGGAGAGCUAGGUGCUGCUCCUUAUAUACUACACCCAAUUGCCAACACAGCUUAAUCAAUACAACUCAGCAGCACCUGCUAUGUUUCACAGCUGUAAAGCUGGGUCUCGUUAUCUUGCUCUGGCCCUUGCUCUGGCCCCUUAAAGACAUACACAUCGGGUGGAACAGUGAUGAACCUUUACAUUUAAAGAAACCAUUCAACAUUCCCCUGCGGUUCAUCAUUGUGGAACAAAAACAUAAAGCAUACUUUGUACAUGUUUUUCAUGUAUACCUUUUGGAAGUGCUUUAGUAAAAAUGUCUGCAAUUUGAUUGUCACCUGGAACAUAUUUAAAUACAACCAUUUCAUCAGCAAUUAGUUUCUUUACAAACUGUAAACGUAAUCUUAAGACUUUAGUGCGCUGCGUAUUGGUUUCUGAACAUAGGAUAGCGAGUCCACUCUGGGAAUCAAGGUAAACUUUUACUGGUAGUGUUACUUGCAUCUGUAGGUCUGCGAAUACUUGCAGAUACCAUUCUACAUCACGAGUGGCCUGAACGCAUGCACAUAAUUCACUCUCUGUUGUGGAGAGACAAAUAAUGUUUUGUGUCUGGGACUUCCAUUCAAAUGGACAACCAUUAUAACAAAACACCAUACCAGACACACCCCUGCAGUUAUUUUGUUCCACUGCAUGAGAUGCAUCACAGAAAAUUUCAAAACCUUUGUCAAUACAUGUUGUAAACUGCAACCUAUAAUGUUUGGUAUGUUUAAGGUACAUUACCACUCUCUUAAGAGCAGAGAAACAUUGUGUAGUGGGCUUUUCCACAAAUUUUGCCAGAAAGUGAAAGGCAUAAGUUAUAUCUGGUCUUGAGAUUCUUUGAAUGAAAUUUAGCUUGCCUAUAGCAGAACGAUACAAAGUUUUGUUAGGAAAUGGCUUAUCUUCACCUGUAAAAGUGAAACCACACACCAUGGGCGUUUCCUUCCCAUUUGCUUUUUCUAAACGUAGCAUUUCAACAAGUUCAUCAAUUUUUGCAGUUUGAUGAACCAGAAAAGAUCCAUUUUUGCCUUUCUCAAUUUGCAUGGAUAAGUAAUUUUUAGCUAUGCCUAAUUCCACCACAUCAAAUUUCUUCUGUAACUGUGUUACUACCUGUUCAUAUUCCUGUUUAGUUUUUGUAGAAAUUAACACGUCAUCUACAUACACACAUAUUUUUGCUACAGAGUUUGCCCUUUCCUUUAUAAACACACAAUUGUCUGCCUUUCCCUGUGAAAAACCAAUAUCCAGCAAUUCUUUUGCUAAAGUUUGGUGCCAGUUCCUUCCACUUUGGUGCAGACCAUAAAGGGAUUUAUUUAAUUUGCAUACCAAACCUUCAGCGGCGUCUAUGCCUUCAGGGACACGCAUAAAAAUUUGUUCUUUUAAAUCUGCAAACAAAUAUGCAGUUUUUAUAUCUAGGUGAUAAACAGAAUGUCCACGUUGUGAUGCAUCUUUUAACAAAAGCUUAACUGUUUCAUAUUUUACACUUGGUGAAUAACACAAAUCAUAAUCUUCACCUGGAAUUUGUUGAAAACCCUAGCAACUAAUCUAGCCUUGUACCUUACAACUUCAUUUUUGUCAUUCAUUUUAACUCUAUAAACCCAUUUUGAAUCAAUAAGUCUCAUAUCUGGGGUUUGUGGUACAAGAGACCAAGUGUUAUGCUCUUUUAAAGAAGCUAUUUCAGAGUUCAUAGCUUUAUACCAAUUUACAGCUUGGUGCUUAGGUAAAUUCUGAACAUCAUUGUAGCUUUUUGGCUCAAAAACUGCCUUAUUGGCAUACACAGUAUUAAAAUGUUCAUCUGCAAAACGUUGUGGCUUCUGUCUCUUUCUAUCUGAACGUCUCAGUCCGGAAGGAGAGUCAGACUCCUCAGACUUAAUGGGACUAUGUAAACUACUAGUUUCAGGUUGUAAAUCAUCAUUGUCAGACUGAAGAGAUGCCUGUUGGCUAAGCUCACGGUCAGAAAACUCAAGAGAAUCUAACCUCCCUCGGGUGCCUGUGACUUUAAAUCAUCAAAGAAAUUAUCAGAUUCAACAGGCUUUUUGUCUUCUUCCAUUAAUUCAGAAGCACCAUUUCCUGCUGCUGCUGCUGCUUCUUCUACCUCUUCUUCCUCAGUAUUAUCUAUACCAUUACUAUCUUGGAAAACAGCAACACCAUUCCAAUUUACAGUUUGUAUCAUGCUUCUGGUAAUAUGAAAUUUGCCAGUUGCUGGUAUGUAAAUUCUGUACGCCCCUGCUGGUAGCCCAUUAAUUUUCCCUGGACACUACGUUCACCCAAUUUCUGCUUAGCGGGAUAAUGCAUUAUUACAUCUGAACCCCAAAUGCGUAGGUAUUUCAGAUUAGGGCGUUUUUAAACAGCUUCUCAUAGGGGUGACAUCUAAACCAGAAUGAUAACUGCGAUUUCUAACAUAACAAAAGGCAUUGAGCGCUUCAGCCCAAAAGUCUUUGGGCAGAUUAGCAUCAUGCAGAUAAGUUUUAACCCCUGCCUGCAGGUCACGCUGCACAACUUCAACAAGCCCAUUUUGCCAGGGACUUCGGGGCAAGAUAACUCAUGAGUAGUCCCCUGCGCUUCCAGGAAUUUCUCAAAAUCCUCAGAAACAAAUUCCCGCCCGGUCAGAAAAAGGUUCUUAAUAGGUUUGUUAAAAUGUGUUUUUACCCAGUUGCAAAAACUUUGUACUUCUCAAAUGCUUGGGACUUCUCAGCUAUUGCAUAAGUCCAACAAUAUCUACUAUACUGGUCUAUCAGGGUAAGCCAGUACUUAGAACCUCCUAAGGAUGGUGGGAGUGGCCCAACUAAAUCACAAUGUACACGCUCAAAUGGCUCAGUUACUUUCCUAUCUGAGCACCUACCCUUGCGUGCAACCUUAAUCUUAUUCUUGCAACAGGAUAGACAUUGCAUAAAGAAUUUACAUGGUUUUAAGUUGAGGCCAUUAACAAUAUUCUUGGUCUUAAUUACAUCAGCAAAAUUCAGAUGUCCCAGAAUUCUGUGCGCCUCAUGGACACACCCAGAAUGUGGCCUUACAUUCCUCAACCCCUGGCUUGACUGUGCUGCUCUGCAAUUUAUAGGCGAUUGGGAGUAGGUGCGAAAAUACAGUCUAUAUAAACCAUCAGAUUCCCGGGCAUACAAUAGACGUUUGUUCCCCUCGAAAAACUCACACAUUGACUUUAAGAAACGCACAGUUAUGCCUUGACGAGCAAAACACCUUACUGACAAUAAAUUGUCCACUGAUGGGCAGUAAAUGCAGUUCGCUAUAGUAAUGUUUAAAGAGUCAAGUUUAACAGUACCCCUGCCAAGCGACUGCAAGACUUGUGAAUUGGCUAAAUGUACAUUACCAAUUUCCUCUUCAAAGAAAUAAACAAGCUUCGAUCGUUGCAAACGUGCUGAGAUGCUCCUGAGUCCACAAUAAAAGAAUUCCACUUGGCACCUUUAAUUCUUUUACGAUCUCUUGUGCUAGCGUGAAAAGCUCGCGGCUCGUUUCUGUCUUUACGGUACGAUGCCGGCUGCUGAGCUGACGACCGUGACUGACGAACAGAAACAGACUUGGGAGUACUUUGCUUUCUUUUGGAUCUGCAGUCCUUUGCAAAAUGUCCUUGCUUAUUGCAGAACCAACAACGCUUUGCAGCUUUAAAUGCAGUUGUAUCACCACAAGUUUGCAUAUGGCGUUCCUCAUUCUUUCUGGAAAUAGGAGUGCUUAUGGCACAAGCCUCCCUUCUGUCCAACUCGCCCAUUAAUCUUGCCGUUACCCCUUCCACAGUUAAUUGUGCUGGUGGAACGGCAGAUAUCUGGCUAGCUAUACCAUCAAAGUCCUCAUUAAGGGAACAAAGGAUGAUGAAAACAUACUGAAUAUCAGGUAUCUCCAUGUCCCUUCGAAUUAAUUCGCCGCGUAUUGCCUCCAGACGUCUCAAGUGUGCUGCCAAAUCACCACCAGGCUGCAACUUCGUCUGGUACAACUGCUUGAAAACGUCAAUGCAGACGCUGACUCUUUUCUAAUAUGCACUGCUGCAAGACUGUCCCACAUUUCUUUGGCAGUUUUCUUAUUCCUUAUAUAGACUACUUGCUGGUCGCUGACUGCCAAAUUAAUUAUCGCCCUGGCUUUAGCGUCUCCUUUCGACCAAGCAUUAGUCACAGGGUUAGGAGGGUCAUCAGUUACAUAGGUCCAUACUUCUCUAGAGGUCAAAAGCGCCUCCACCCGAAAAGACCAUAAACUAUAGUUCUCAUCUGUUAGCUGUGGGAAGACCAGAGCCUUCUCAGCUUCUGGAACCCGGUCAACCAUUCUGGAACUCUCCCAGACCCACAAAACUACGCCAACAGGAGAAGGAGUUUUCAAACCUUUCUCAGAGUCCAAAAAUAUGCAGUCAUCCACUCAGCAGCUGGGCCCAUAACCAAAGAUGUUGACUUUUUGCAGUAUGGUAGCGCUGCAGAGAGCUUGCUGGGGAGACCAUGCAUUAAAAAGGGACUCAAAAAUAAUUUAAACAAGGUUUUAAUAAGAAAAACAAAAACUCCUUUUACACUAAAUACAUUAACAAACAAACAUGACCCAACCACCAACCCAUCCCCCAGGGGUAAUGGGAGAGCUAGGUGCUGCUCCUUAUAUACUACACCCAAUUGCCAACACAGCUUAAUCAAUACAACUCAGCAGCACCUGCUAUGUUUCACAGCUGUAAAGCUGGGUCUCGUUAUCUUGCUCUGGCCCUUUCUCUGGCCCCUUAAAGACAUACACAUCGAGUGGAACAGUGAUGAACCUUUACAUUUAAAGAAACCAUUCAACAAUAUUCACACAUGAAUGUUCAGAUUCUAGGCUUUUCAUGUGCCCCUAGAGUCAAAUGCCUCCUUGCUUUAUAAGAGUUUUCUAUAAAAAUAAUCCAAUCCCUUUUUUAAAAGACUUGUAUUCUGUUGUGAAAGGAAAUAACUGUGCUUCAAAAAUGGUUGCUACAAGGAAGUGAAUAAUUUUACUGCUGUACUUCUGUUGAUUGCUAAGUGCAUGGAUGGGGAACCAUUGGCCCACCAGUCAUCAUUGGAAUCCAACUCCCGGCCAGUGGACUCCAACUCUUGGCCAGUGGUCAGGGGAUGAUGGGAUUUGUAGUCCAGCAACAUCUGUAGACCACAAGUUCCCCACCCCUGGCUAAGGGAAUAGUUUUUGUUUGCUUUGUUGGAAUUGUUCAUUAAAUCUGUUUCUAAUCCGAGUGUCUGUUGUCUAUUUCCUUUGAGCACAAAGCCAACAUCUUCUGUUUCCAUGAGUGAGUAAGGAUGCGGAAGAGACGUUAAAAACAAUUGCUUUGGAAAUCAUUCUCCUAGAGCAUAGCAUGAUUUUCACUGUGGGUGAGGAAUGGGCAGCUGUGCCGUAGCCUCCUCAGGUUGUGGCCUUUUCAAGAACUGAAGAGGCUUUGUGGUAGAAGCAAGAACUGAAAAGUGAGAUAUGAGGGAAAGGGAAAACGUUAGCAGUAUGUCUUUGGAGGAGAAGCUUUUCUUCAGUUCUCCUCCUAUAUUUAUAUUUUAGUGUUUUCUAUUCAACUCUGCAAUCUAGGAGGUUCUUGGAGAGGUAUUCAAGAAAUCCAGCCUUGAUUUGUCUCCAUUUCCAGAAACGGAAAGAGGAUGUGGUCCAGAGUAACUUUCUGAUAUGUUGGUAUGGCAGGCAGGUCUCAGACUCUCCCCUCUGUGAGCUUCACUGUGAUGCCAUGCUCUUGCUUGAAAGCAUGCUUGAAUGUAGCAUAUUGAAGGUGUACUAUUCUUAAUUCCGUGAUGCAGCCUUCCAUUUCAAAGUAGAUCUCUGUGUAGCUCCAUGUGCUAGAAUGCACCUGCAGUUCUUGGGAGCGCUUGUCCAACACAAGGACAGACAUAAGGGCUCUGAGAGAGAAAGUGGACUUAAAGAGUAGUAGGUUUUCCUUUGUACCCUGUGUCAAGGGGAAAGAUGGCAGUGUCUGAAGACCUUGCUUAAAUGGCAAGUGUGAGACAAGUGGUGUGUGGCCAUGGCAGGACUUCCAGGACUUGCAGAAAGCAAGUCUGUGGUACUGAUAUUCUGGAAUAAGAGACAGGUGGAGAGGAGCCCAUGACCCCAAUCCCUGUGACACAGCAACUAGCAGCUUUUUGAGUGAGGGGAGAAACUAUGCCGCCACCACCCUAAUCCUGCUAUGGAUCACACAAGCAUUCUGAAUUGACUAGUAGUGAUCCAUAAGAAGAAAUCUCUGCAGUCUGUAUGGCUUAUUGAUAACCAGAAACUCAGAAGGCCUUCAGUCCACAAGUGCUGCAGCAAUUGCUAGCCUCAGGAGGGCCUGGGAAAUCGGCAGAAAGCACUGGAACAAUUCCACAGCAGUCUUCGCAGAAUAACAGUGGGUUGUUGAAUAACCUCCAUAAGCCCCCAGUGUAUCAGUUGUCAUCGUCUUCUUCGUCUUCUUCUUCCUUCUUUUUCUUCUUCUUCUUCUUUGCUUGUCAUCUUUCAGGUGUAUGUGUGGAGGUGGGUUCUAUCACCACAGAAUCCUUAAUGGCAUUCAACAUAUAUACAGUGAUAAAAACCAGAAUAAACUUGUACCGAAAAAGCAAUAAUUGAAAAUUUAUAUCCUACAGCUCUCAGGGCUUAUCCUCACUUACCUUUUAACCUGCUCUUUCCAGGCACAGGUCUGUACUUAAAAACGGUGUGUCCGAGCAUGGGUUUUUGGUUUUGGUUUUGUCACAGUGAAUACCUGCUCUUUAGCGCUCAGUUGGAGCAAACAUCAAUUCAGAUUUUCCAGAGAUUGCUGUUCGCUCUGAGUGAACUUUAAAGAACAGGUUUUUGUUGCCGGUGUGGGGUGGGGGUCAACUGCCUUAAUGCUGGAAGGCUAUCACCUGUCAAGCUGGAGAGACAAAUUUGUAUGUUGUUAUCAUUGCCUAGUCACAGAUUUGCAGAUACAGUCUGAAGCAGAAUUAAUUAAUUCGCAAAGCUUGCUUGUCUCCUUUUUGUUUGACUUGGCACCAUUCUUGGCUACUUCAUCCUUUUUUCUUUUAAGGGUGGAGGGUUUUUUUCUUCUUUUUUAAGGUUUGUGUUUGUGUGUUUUCUAUCUCUUUGCAGCUAUGCAUUCAUGCCCAAAAUGGCAGGAAGUGUCAGUAUGUUGGAAACUGCUCUUUUGCCCACAGCCCUGAAGAGAGAGAGAUGUGGACUUUCAUGAAAGAAAAUAAGAGUGAGUGGAAUGUAUGUUUGGGAGCAGGGGGGAAACUCUCUUCCAUUCUAGUUCCCCGUUCCCCCCUUUUUAGGAAAGCUAGCUUUGAGAGUGAUGGACACACUGUGGCUUAGUGAAGAUGUAAGUCUGGCUCCCUGAAAAGCAUAGUUUGCAAACCAAGGGCUGGUCUUGUGAAACUCGCUCCUUCCUUCCCCUCUCCAGAGCAAUUGUCCCUUCCUUCCCUGUGCUAAUUGAAGUACUGCAUUAUGAGGACACCAAUGUAUAAAAUAAUUGGGAAUCUUGUCUCUUUCCCCAGUUUAGGAAGGUGAGUUUGGAGCUCUGGGGGAGCUCAGACUGAGAGCUUAUAUAGCAGUGGGAGACUCCAUUCCUGCCUGGCUUUCUCUGCCAGGCCCUGUUUUCAGGCACUUACCUGCCUCCUGAACAGCCAGACAUGCUGUUAGCCAAGCAUGUUCUUGCCUUGCUUCUGUCUCCUCCAUUAUUAGAGCUCCGGGGGUGAUGAUUGGUGGAGGGAUGGAAUCCAAGAAUUAUCCAGGAAUCUAGGCUACUGGUGUUGUGAGCUCUGGUCCUGGGGCCAGGAGUUCUGGAUCUGGCAGGGUUGCUGGCAGUGAAAUCUGCUCUGCUCCUCUUAUGAAGAGGUUCCAGGUCUGAGUAGGGCUAAACCUGGAUAGGAUUAAAGCCAUGGCUUGAAAUUGGUUUACAAACCAUAGGUCCCUAAAACUACGGUUAAUGUCAGGAAGGGGGUGCAGAUGACUCCAGAGAGCAGAGGAGGGAGGAGCGCAUGCACAAGACUUGACUCCCAUUCCACAGAUACCCGCAGUUUACAGGAGUCAGCUUUAAAUAGGAACCACUAAAUAGGAAUUUAAAUAGGAAUUGUAUUCCAAAAUGUCACACGCAUGUAUAGCUAUCUUCUUCUCUGCCGGCUGAAACUGUGUCCUGCACCUUGUGCUAUUUUAUUUUUAUUUUGUUUAUUUAUCGCAUUUAUAUCUCACCUUCUGGGCAGCCUUCCAGGGGCCACAUUCCAGUAAUGAGCAGGGCCAGAGGCAAAAGUGGCUUUUAACUUUGUACAGUAGUCUAGUUUCUACACUCAGACACCUACCCCUCUCUAUUCUUCAUCUAGACAAGGGAGAGCUAUUAUCAGAGUCCAGGGACAAAUUCCACCCAUCAAAAAACACCCAAGGGGGGGUUGAAGCUGGGUUGGUGGGGAGGUAGCCUAGGGGUGUGGGGUGGAGAGAGUCCCAGGGCCCAGAUAGAGAACCUUGGAAGUUCACAUUUAGCCCCCAUGCCUGAAGUUCCUAACACCUGCCUUAAAGAAAAAAGUAUUUUUGUAAGUCCUUUCAGGUGUGGUGGGGCUUUGGCUCAGUGGCAGAGCACGUCUUUUGCAUGUGGCAGGUCCCAGGUUCAAAUCCAGGCAUCUCUAGGUAGGGCUUCUAGAGAGACCCCUGUCUGAAAUGCUGAAGAGCUGAGCUACAAGAAUGCUAAGAUAAUAUCAAACUAGAUGAGUUCUUGCUCUGAUUUUGGUAUAAAGCAGCUUGUAAAGCUUUCCUCUUGGAGAUAUUGUGCUUGGUAUGACGGAAAGGAGGCUCAUCAAACUGAUAUUUCAUUGCAGUUUUGGAUAUGCAGCAGACCUAUGACAUGUGGCUGAAAAAACACAAUCCUGGGAAGCCGGGUGAGGGGACACCUCUGACAUCACGGGAAGGGGAGAAGCAGAUCCAGAUGCCCACUGAUUAUGCUGACAUGGUAACAUCUUUCUCUUGCGCAAUCUGUCACUUGCCAUCCAUAAGCUGGUUGAUGGCCCAUUGGGUGGAAUGUUGCUGCUCCUGAAGAUUUUGCUGUUUUUAUGCUGGGGUUGUUGGAAUGAUUUUUAUUGAGAGGUAUUGUUUUGUACGUUAUGCCGUUGCUCUUAGCAGCAAGCAUUUAAGUCAAACAAAUAAUAAAUAUUGAACUUUUUAUGAAGACAAUGUACCAUUUUAAAAAAAGAAAUGGAGGGCCACUUCAUUAAUUGCAUGUAUUUUGCUGGAAUGACAUGAAGUCUUGGGAAGACCCAAUCCUUGUAUGAGUAGUGAAAUAUACAAAGGAUUUAAUGUUGACUCUAUUUUAUUACACACACACACCCCUGUGCCCCUGCUCACUGUUUCACUCACCAGUCCCCCUGCCAUUCUCCCCACAUUAACCCCCAAGAGCUUCUCCUUCCCAUCCCAUGCAACUACAAAGGUUGCUUUUCACUUUCCCAGCCCCAUUUCUGAAGUUACUUUUCUGUUCUGUUGUGCAGCCCCAUUUUGCACCUGUUUUCACCAUCCUCAUUGCCAUUCCUCCUACUCCCUCUCUUUUGUAGCCCCUUGCACCCAACUUUUCACAUGCACCCCCUUUUUUCCUCCCCCUCUUCCUUUUCUCUCCACCACUCCCCCCACAAAACCCAGAAGAUCUUUGACACUUGCAAAACAUUUUGGAAAGUGGAUAGUAAAGGAAAAUCUAGUUGGCGAUCAAACUGUGAAACACAUCGAACAAUGGAUUUCUUUUAUUAUUAUCUGAGCUAUUUCUAUACAGCUUAAUUAGUGGAAAUGUUUAAGUCAUGGGCAAAUUGGUUUUAUUGAACACUAGGCGUGGUGGUGGUUGGAGGAGCCCUUUCUAACCCUCUUAUGGAGCAGUUGUUCAGUGAAACAGCACGAAGUUAAAGAACUGUGUUCUCCUGUUAUCUGAUGGCUAGAUGGGUUACCAUUGCUGGCUUUGUGGGAAGAACAGCAACAGCAAGAAGCAAUGGCAGCAACACAUUCAGUCAGAGAAGCAUAAAGAAAAAGUCUUCACAUCGGAGAACGACUCCAGCUGCUGGAACUACCGUUUCCCAAUGGGGGAGUUCCGGCUGUGUGAAAGGUACUGUGCACAAAACUACCCCUUUCUCAUCUGGUUACAUAUGCAGUUAAUAUGUAACUCCAGAUUAAUAAAGAGAACAGUCCUUGGCUUCAGCUCUGCCUCACCCCAUUGCCGUCUAGCCUUAGGAAGAGUUCUGAAGGACUCAGAAGCUUAUGUACUGUUUUGUCACGUUUUGGUUGGCCUGGUAGAGUUAUUGCCCUAAUAUUGAUUUGGAAUUUUCUAAUGGGGCAGCACAGCUACUAUUUACUUUUCCAGGUUAAAUGUUUAUUAGUAAUAGGUGGAGAGGCACAUCUAUUUAUUUAUUUUUAAUAGGCGGAGAGCCAGCUUUUAUUUACCGCUGCCAAUUCACUUUCUAACUGCUGCCACCAGAUGUCUAUACUACAUUGUUUACCAACAUCUUUAACUAUAUCUCAAUAGCUGGUGAAAUUCAGACAUGGUACAAAACUGGCCAGACACACUUUCAUAAUAAAAGUAAGGUAAAUAUAAAGGGACCCCUGACCAUUAGGUCCAGUCGUGACCGACUCUGGGGUUGCGGCUCUCAUUUCGCUUUAUUGGCCGAGGGAGCCAGUGUACAGCUUCCGGGUCAUGUGGCCAGCAUGACUAAGCCACUACUGGCAAACCAGAGCAGCGCACGGAAACACCGUUUACCUUCCCGCCAGAGCAGUACCUAUUUAUCUACUUGCACUUUGACAUGCUUUCGAAUUGCUAGGUUGGCAGGAGAUAAUAAAAGUAACAAUAUAUAAUUUACUAUAAAGGCAUGAUAAGUUUGCUGUUGUUUCUUUAAGACUUACUUAUGUUUGCUUUCAUAAGAUUAUCAUAUCUUUAAACAACAGUUACAGUUUAGAUGUUGCUCAGCUCCAGCUCCCAUCAUACCUGACAAUUGACCCGGCUGGCUUGUUUGCCAAAAAAGUGUCCCUCUUUUGCCUUGGGCCCUUGCUAUGUUUCGUAGAAAAAAACCCUUUGUAGUUUGAAAUUAGUUUUCUGAUGUCAGAUACUGAAGAACUGAGGGAAAUGGUUAAAAAUGAAAAAAACCUAAAGUUUCUUAAGCCAUGUGUUGUCCUCCUGCAGAUUCCAGAAGACAAAAUCCUGCCCUGAAGGGGAGAAGUGUCGCUCUGCUCAUGGCCAGGAUGAACUGACAGAGUGGCUGGAUCGGAGGGAAGUCAUGAAGCAGAAGCUGGCCAAAGCCCGCAAGGAUAUGCUGCUGUGCCCCAGAGAUGACGACUUUGGCAAAUACAGCUUCCUAUUACGGGAUAGCAUAUAAUUUAUUGAGGGUGGUGAGAAAACAGGCAGGUUUUCAGAACCAGAGAUGUGGGAAGGGAAGGAGCAGGGCAGUGACAAAGAGACUGGUAGUUGUUCCACAAACCUUUCUUUGAUUGUAAGAUAAUCAAGAUGAUUUACUGAUGUUGAAUGGGAUUUUGAAUUGAUUCAUCUAUAGCCAGGGAACAUGAUGCUCCUUUUGUUGUUCUAUCUCCCCUGCUCCCUUUUUAAAACAUAAUUUUUCAAUCUACCACUUUUCAACUUAAAAAAAAAAGAUACUGUUUUGCGGUGUUUGGUAAAUAAGAGGGAGGGGGCUUCUCACUUUGGUUCCCAAGAUCCUGGAUCCUUUAUUUGGGGUGCCUGAUUGCUGGAAUAUUGCAGCAUCAUAGACAUGAGCAUAGAGAGAUAGUGGAGAAAUGAUGAGCAAGUGGGGUUUUGUUCAGUGUUGGUGACUGUGCAGUGCUGUGUGCUGCAUCUCCACAGACACCCAAACUAUUGUGUAGAAGAAUAAGGAAGUAACUUAAAACAAGCCCAGUUCAAGCUAUCUUUAAAGUUUUGAGGUGACUCCGGUGGUUGCUGUAGGCAAUAGUAAAAAAUAAGGUCAUAUUUUUCUCUGUGUAUUCUAAGAUUACCUCCUCCUUUCUGCCCAUUCCAAUCCCUCUCAGGUGAGGGAGGACAAUGAAUUUCUAGUCCAGCUAGAAAGAUUAUCACUACAUUGUCUUUGGAGAUGGAGGCAACAGUAUAUUCCCUGCCUUCCCAUAUAGCUAAUUCUGUUACCCAAAAAGCAAAUUGAUAACAGAUUAUUGUGUUGGACCUUUGUUUGAUAAGCAUAACUGUGAAGAUUCUUCCUCCUACAGUUGGAGCAAUUGCACAAUGCAAUCUUUACCUCUCCGUAGAGACACCUAAAACCAAGAUGCUCUUUUGAGGAUUGACACGUGCUUAAGAAAAAAUAAUGUUUGCAGGUUGUGCAGAGAGCCUGCUCAGUUGUUACUGAAAGUGUGCCAGUUCCACCUUAGUGGUCCCCCCGCCCCGUAUUGGAUAGAUGUGUGUGUCUGCAAAGACCAAAAAGCAAUGAUAGCAGAAAUGGACAGAAAUUAUGUAAAAGGAAUCCAGUCGUUUAGAUUAAAAAAUGUUUGCCAUAUAAAAAGCAGAGUCAGGUUGGAAACCUUUUUUUUUUUUUUUUGCCAUGUAAAAUAUGUGGUGCCACUCAGAUAAUAAAAAAUGUAACUAUACUUGAAAUCAAAGAUAGAAUUAAAUGCAAAGAGAGAAGUUAAAAAUAUUUCCACAAGAGAAACUGGUUAAACCAAGGUUACAAAGUAGGAGAAUAAAACCUUUCUUGCAUAUGAAUGUUUCAUUUCCAAAACUAAUAUAUUAUCUACAAAUAGCCUCCAGCAACGAGAACACAUUAAAUCAGCUUUCUGUCCCUUCUCUGACAGUGGACAAGGUUCCUAGAAGUCAAUACGAUCUCUUCUAUAUCAGUACUAUUUAAUACACCUUUUGAAGUGAGCUUCCAGAGGCUAUCGUCCAAAGCAUGCUUUCUAUGAGUUAAGUUCCACUGAACGCCAUGGGGCCUGCUUUUGGAGUAAGCAUGUUCAGCACUGGGCUGUAAACGUCUGCAAAAAAAUGAUGGGAACAUUAAACAAAACGUUCUGUGAAAUGGGGGUUGAAGAAGGGGGAAAAAGUGCUUUCAUUUUAUGACACUUGGCAUGAUGUGUGUGUUGGACACAUCUGUUCUGGAUAAGAAUGCAGGUGAUCUAAAAUGUGCAGAACUUAUAUUUUUGCAAGCUAAAAUGCUCAGCACUUGUGACUGAACAAGUUGGCGCAAAUCUAUUUUUGGGUCUAAGAGGAAAUGCACUAAUAUGUGUAUUACAAAUUAGUAUGCAGUAUUGGAAUAUUUGCUUUAUGUUUUGCAAGCAGAUGAUGUGUGAUCUAAAUGAGGAGGAUUUCAUGCUGAGAUGUAUCUAUCUAGGACCUGCAGUCUUGGUUAUACUAUCUAUUUUAUGAAAUUGUCCAACUAAGAGUUUUUGAUAUUUAAUCAAAUUUUAUAACCCUUUCCUACUUAAAUAAUAUUAAUUAAUAUAAGCUAUCCCUAUAGACAUGAAGAGGCCCAAAUAAUUGUGAUAAGGAAGGGGAAGUAGAGUGAGCAGGGGAACAUAAGAUCACUAGGUUAGGGUUCUCUGAAACCUUUUGUUGCUUUAUUUUCUUUCUAACUGAUGAUCAGAUGCCCCAUUACUCAUUUUUGUCAGUAUCUGGCCUUCACACUUAUUAAUCCACUUGUACCUAUCGUAAAACCAGUUUAAAGAUAUUUGCUCUUUUUAUAAGCAAAACCAGCUACUUGUUUUCAAAUAGGCUUAUUUUGUUGGACGAAAAACUCGUAUUCCUAAAGAGGAGAUGUAGGUACUUUUCAUUGCUAUCUUCUAGGAGAAGGUUAUAGCUUUUUGUGUGUUUAACUCCCAGUGAAUGGUAGUCAUGUACCCUGACCACCACCAUUCCAUGGAAUAAUCCACCCGUACUUUUCUUGAAAGCUAUGAUUCCCUUUUAUUGAUUUGAUUAUUCUAGAAUUUGAAACAAAACCACUCAUAUCAUGUUAUGUGUCUUCCAUUGGCCUAGAUUUUGAUAAAAAGGGAGUUGGCAUUUUCUGCUGUCUUGCCAGUUUAGUAGUCUUAAUUAAUUUGACACUGGAUUAAGCAAAGCCACAGAAAUUCAACUGCAACUGAAUGAGCCAAAUUUCUCUCCUUCCCACACAUAAGCAUUCUGUGUAUUUGCUUGUUGUCUACUUGGCCAUUAUGCUUUCAGUCUGUUGGUCCUAUUUCUCAAAAUACUGAUGAGAGCAAUUGACCAGCUUCUGGAGUUGAAAUGUUAACCUAUUUGGGACAGACAGAGGAAAACACACAUAAGAAAAUGGAUGUUUAAAAUUCUUAAACUAUCUGCAUCUAGAAAUGUAACUAUAUAAGUGUAUGCUCUACCAUGAGUUAUAAUAUGUGAAUUUAUUUAGAUUAUGGGGUGGGAAAUGUUUCCUUUCCUCUUUAAUUAAAAAAUAAACUGCUUUGCAGCCUUUUUUACUCCAAUCAAUACUACUUUGAUGGGGGAGAAAAGGGCUUUUGUGGUUUAUGGAAGCAGAGUUUAUAGGGGUGGGAACACAUAUUCCUGGGCAUUGCAGUGAGAAUCAACUUUUGUUUUUUCCUGAUAUGAUAACCUGAUAUGUGGUGUUGCAGUAUUUUGUCACUGGACUUGUUCUAGUGUGUAUAUAUGUAACCCUUCCAUAAAACAUAUAUACACAGGUAUUAAAUAUAUCACUCUAUAUAAUAUUAUAUAUGUAUGUGGUAUUGAAGGAAUCUUUUUUUAUUGAGGGUUAAGGAAAAGGACUCUAGCUAGGGAAAUGCAGCAUCUCUUAUUGAAACAAAAUGAUGUUGGGGGGAGGAACAGUUCUGUUGCGUUGAAAAAUAAUUAUUUAUGUUGACAGGGGAUCAUUACUCCAAUUAGUGGUGAACUCACCCAUGUAAAUAUCUGCCCAUUCCAUGGAAAGAAAUGUUCAUCUAAUAAAUAAGGUGCUAAAGAAGGCCUUUUGAUUAUUUUCUUAAGAAAAUGGACAUUGUCAAGAGCAGGGGGUGGUACUUUGUCCUCUGUUUAUCUUUCCCCCUUUGUCUUUAUAUAAAUAGGAUGGGAUUAUUUUUUGUGCUAUGGCAUCUCACUGUAUCCAUAGCACUAACAGUUCUUCAGUAAUCAAGGGUGUCAGCCCAGUGCUCCAGAACAACUGAAUAAAAGAAAUAAGCAUUUGGAUAACUACCAUAAAUGACCUACCAAGGGAAAGAUUUUCAGGAGGGCAGACACAUCUGAGAAUUAUAAUGAAAUUAGGUCACUGGUUAUGUUUUUUAAUACUGAACAAACUGUGCUACAAAGAGCUUGGCAAUGCCCCUUUCUUAACAUAAAAUAAAGUUAUUGGUUCAGUCACUGUAUUAUAAAAUGCUCAAAAAAAGGAGGGAGGACUCCUUUCCCAGAUCCUCAAAGUUGAGGGAAGGGUAGGUUUGAAUGGGAUAGUGAUUAACCAGGCCUUCAACCAGGCCAUCCCUAAGAAAUUGAGUGAUAGGGGAAAGCCAGUGAAGGGAGAUGCUAUAUUUCUAAGCUGAUCUUGUAAUAAGUUGGAGAGUCCUUCAAAAUGUCUUUGUAUUACUAUAUUUUAAGAAUACCACGCUUUACUAUUACAAAGAAAUCCAUAGUACCUUUCAGAAGGUCUAGUAUCCAAGAUAAUAAUGUAGAUGUUCUAACAACUUUCUUGUUCCUAAUGAGACAGAUUUGCUUCUUUUAGCCUUUGUAAUAGAAAAUAAAAGUGUGCACUUUAAACCCUCA